CUCCAGGAUUUCAGGUGCCAAGGAUUGAACCCAGAGCCUUCUGCAAGCAAAGCUGCUGCCCUGCCACUGCGCUACACAGCCCUUCCCCUAACAACAAGCUGCCUCAUACAGAGCCCAUACAGGGCAGUUUUGUCAACACGGGCUGGCAGCAGUACUUUGGGGGGACUGGAUCCCAGGUUUCUGCAAGCAAAGCAGCUGCUCGGCCCUUUCCCUAACAAGAAGCUGCUUUAUACGAAGUCCACCCAGACUGGCAUUGCCGACACGGAUGGGCAGCAGCACUUCGGGUUUUCAGAUGCUGACGAGGGAACCCGAGCCUUCUGCUGCUGCUCUGCCACUGCGCCCUUCCUCCAACAAGGCGCUGCCUCAUACAGAGCCCAUCCAGACUAGUAUUACCGACACGGGCCGGCAGACACUUGAGCCCGGAGCCUUGUGUAGGCAGAGAGCAGCCCUUUCCCCCUACGGCGCUGGCGAGCAGGGGCGCAUGGGGAGCCCUGCGACCUCUCCAACUCCUGUGCGCUCUCGGCCGCCUCUCCGCGCUUUCUCCUCCGCCCCUGCGCGCCGUUUCCUGGCGAGGCGAAGAGCCGCCUCCGAGGGUGGGAAAGAUGCGGGGCGGCGGAGCGGCGGCGGCUCGGCGGCCCUCCCGCUUACACAACCCCGGCCGCCUUCCGCUCUCGAGGACCGAAACUGGGCGCUAGGAAGUUUCCCUGCGCGCCCGGGCGCUUCUCGGAGCGCGCCAGAGCGCCAACUUCUCCCUCCGACGACGCGCCCCGAGGAGCCUUUCGCCGCCAGAGCGCGCGGCCCGCCCGGCUCUCCCGCGGCCCCCGAGGGGCGGCUCCUCCUUCCUUCCCGGACCCGGGCUGCCUUUUACAUAACCGCCCGAAAAAGGCGUCGCCACCGCCGCCCGGGCGCCUGGAGGGGGCGAGGCGAGCGCGGUCCCUUCGCCGCCGCCUUGGAUCUCUCUCUCUCGACGAGGCGGACUCUCCUCGCUGCUGCUGCCGCCCCGGCGAGGGCUGUGGGCGGACGGGCGCCGGGCAAGGCGCACCAUGGGCCACGGGACGAGCGCCGGCUUCUCCUACAGGUAAGGGGACCCCCAACUUUCUGCCGCUCCCCCUUUUUUCUUCCCUCGGAGCGGACCGCUCACCUAGCGCGCCUCUGCUCCGGGAAAUACUUCGAGUUUGGGUUUGCUUGAGGACUAUCCCUCCGCCCCAUAAAAAGGGCAUCUUUGUGUAUUUUGUUCAAAGUUAAUUGCUCGGGGGCAAAACACGAGCCCGCCCCCCCAAAAAAACAUGGGGUUUCCCCCUGUGCUGUAGUACAGAAAAAGAGUGCCCCUGAGCAUGGACAGAGUGCCUAUUCCUUAGCCCUGAGGAGCUGUUAGCUCAGGAUAUUAAGGGGUGGGCAGGCUGAGCUGAGGUGCCGUUUUAGCCAGCAGGCAGCACGGAAAUUAGUCCUGAUGGGAAGCUGCCCCUGUUGGAUUUCUGACAGCUGGGUUUAGAUGUGAAGCGGGCAGGAUUUUUGCAACUACUUUUCCCUGCUCUCCUGAAUACAUUGGGAAAUGGCUGUGAUCUGCCAUCUUGCCUCCCUCAAUGCUUAUUAUUGUUAUCAUUAGUUUAUGGGCAUUUUUUACCCCCCCAUUCACCCCAAGAUUUUGGGGUGGUUACAGCAAUUAGAACAUUUCAUUUCACUUUUAAUUUGUAUACCGCCUUUCUGUAUUGCUAUGCACAAGCAAGAAAAUAUACAACAAAGAACACACACCUUAGAAUAAAAGUCGUAAUAAAACGUAACUUUAAAGUGGGACAACUUAUAUUAAAUGGAAUACAGUGGUACCCUGGGUUACAUACGCUUCAGGUUACACACUCCGCUAACCCAGAAAUAGUGCUUCAGGUUAAGAACAUUGCUUCAGGAUAAGAACAGAAAUCAUGCUCCCGCGGUGUGGCGGCAGCAGGAGGCCCCAUUAACUAAAGUAGUGCCUCAGGUUAAGAACAGUUUCAGGUUAAGAACGGACCUCCGGAACGAAUUAAGUACUUAACCCGAGGUACCACUGUAAUAGUCAAUAAUCUAUUGGAAUAUAAUAGCGCACAAUAAAAUUAACUCUCGAAAAACAUCAGCAAAUGAUAAACAGAAAUUCACUCUUAAUAAUUAUGAAACCAUGAUCUGUAAGAAUAACUGCAAGUCGCAAGGCAUAACCAUUUGAAGGAACUUAAAAGCCCAGAAAUAAGGUGGGUGGCCAAAAGCCAGGGUCGAGAAGUGAAUCUUCAGCAUUCCCCGAAAUGAAUGCUGUACAAUGAAGGUGCCAGACAGGCGCAUCUCUGUGGGGAGGUAGCCCCACACUUUAGGGGCUGCCACGGGGAAUGCCCUCUCCCCCUGGGCCACCCAGCAACCCUGAAAUUCUGAGCGUGAUAGAACUACCCAAAAGGGUGGUUUAUCUUGGUACCGGAGAGGGUCUGCAGCAAGCUUACCAGAUUUUUUUCAAUGAAUAUGGGGACACUUUUCAACUUCAAUGGAUUUUGUAUGGGGACUGGUUUGUAAAUCUGGGGACUGUCCCCGGGAAACGGGGACGUCUGGUAACCUUAGUCCGUAGGUGGUCUUUUAGGUGUUUGGGGCCUGAGACAUUGAGGGCUUUAAACACCGAUGUGAGCACCUUGAAUUAGGCCAGCAAACAAACCGGCAAUCAGUGCAGCUAUUUUACAAGGAGAGUUCUAUGAAAUGUGUAAGCAACUCAGUCGCUGCAUUUUGGACCAAUUGAAUGUACGAUCUUGUGUGUGGGAGACCUUCCCCAGACCCACACCCCUUUUAAAUAUAUGAACCUGCCACCCCUAUUAUUAUUUUUUAAAAUAAUACUUAUUAAUUUUCCAUUUUAACAAUCCAGUCAAACCACAUCAUAUAUUCCAAAUUAUGCAUAUUAUUCAAUAACCCAACAGACCAAAUAUUAUGCCAAAUUAUAAAAAUUUUCGGGGGGACUUCCCCAUGUUCUGAGGUCAGGGGGCGGGGCGGGAUCUGAUCACCUCAUACGUCUACUGCUUUUCAUAAUCAUUCCCGAUAGUUCCCAUAAGCCAUUCUGAUGCUAAUCCUCAUUACAAUGGUACCUCGGGUUACAUACGCUUCAGGUUACAGACUCCGCUAACCCAGAAAUAUUACCUCAGGUUAGGAACUUUGCUUCAGGAUGAGAAGAGAAAUCGUGCUCCGGCGGCGCAGCAGCAGCAGGAGGCCCCAUUAGCUAAAGUGGUGCUUCAGGUUAAGAACAGUUUCAGGUUAAGAACGGACUUCUGGAACGAAUUAAGUACUUAACCCAAGGUACCACUGUAUUUUCCGCAGCCUCUAAGUUGUUCCGGCAAGCGAGAUAGCUCAAAACAGUAUGUUUCUGUGUGAUUUUUAAGUCCGUAGGUUCGCAGCAUCGCUUCACAGACUGAUGUUUCUGCCAAAUCCAAAAAUCUUCCCACUGCAUAUAGAUGCCCAGUCUGUUCAGUCCAGAUAAAAUCCGAUCAGGGCAUCCGUCCAAUACUUUUCCCAGACCAGUUGUCAUUCAGACAUUAGCCUUUCCAGGGAAGGGUUUUAAUUGAAAAUCCAAAAGUGAAAUAUUGAAGACUCACCUCCCCCUGACCAGGUAAUUUGAUUUAACAAGCUGGUCGGUAUUUGAACCUGCCACCCCUAAGUUGGGGGGGGGGGUCCUCUCUCCUUGCUGCCUGGCAUGGGGUGACCUCCAUGCACCUCGAUGCAAAAUGUGCUGCUGCUUUGAGGGUUGCCAGUUUGGGUCAGGGAACCUCUGCCUUUUUGAUUGGGCAGCUAAAAUAGAACACAAAACACAGAGACACUUUUCCUCUCUUAACUUUUUCUCUCCAUGCCUGGAAAACCUUUUUUCUGCUAGAUUUCUGCCUGUAUAAAAGGUGAAAAGUUGGCAACUCUUAACCGCAUGUGUGGCAGGAGAAAUCUUACAGGUGUUGAUAGUUGUGAAGAACUGAGAUGCGAGAUGUGGUGGUGGGGAAUGACUUUUAAAAGUCAGGCUGUAUAAAUGGGCAGAAUAAAUAAAUACAACCAAUACAUUACACAUCCAAUGACAGCAAAAUUUCAGCCUCUCAAAUGGGUGUUCCCAGUUCCUUCAUGUAAUCCCCCCUCCGCACUGGGGCCCUUUGGUCCUAGACAUAAUCAUGAACACACUCCCCCUCAAAUCUUCCCUGCCCCACUGCCAAAUAAGGUUGCAGCAACCCUUCCUCUUCAAUGACUAGAAACUUGAAAAAAAACCAAAAAACCCACAAACUACGUAAAUUAAAGCUGAGAAUGUCAGGCUUCUCUUUUUCUAUGUGCAAUGCUAAUGUAUGUGCUUUUGUGGAAUUAGUCCAGCCAUUAGUUUGCAUUUGACCCAUCUCUGAAAAACAGAAACAAAAAAGGGCUUUAGUUGUCAGUCAUUUCCUGUGUCUCCCCUUCAAUCCACUGAGAGAUUCUUGAAAGUCUGUGUUCUGAGUGUAUGUGGGAAAAAGAAGAAUUGGUUGGUGUGAUCCUUUGGCCUUUGCUAGGCUGCCCUGGUGCAAAAGAUUGCCAGUGGCCUUGCUAUGCCUUUCAGGGCUGCAGGACAGAGAAUGAAUUUUUCUCUCUACACCCCCCCCAAUAAGCUGCAUGUACUGAAAUUCUCCAGCCACAGGUGGGCAAAUCUGUCAUUUUUGAUUUCCAACAGUUCUUUUGUUGUUGUUGUUGCUGCGAUUUUUCUCUUUAGAAGUUGUCAUGAAAAUUCACCAGCCGUUUAUUGUGAAUCGUUCCUAAUAACCAACAUUUUAAAAUGUAAUUUCGCCCCGCCUAGCAUAAUGUUAUUUCAUUGCUAUGGAUGGUGUUAGGCAAUCUUCCCCUUAGUAUAUAUAAAUUUGGCCGGGGAACUGCACCACAAAAUUCUGAGAAGUGCAGAUUUUGAAGGAUGGCUGUGUUUUCUGGUUCAGGGUGAUCCAAAUUCCUCCCCCAUUAUCACUUUUCCUCUUACACCCAAUGCUACUCUUGCUAAGGCUCUUUUAAGUCACCUUAUAACCCUCUCCAACCCAACAAACACAAUGUGCUUUAACUGUAUUAUACAGGGGUCAGCAAACUUUUUCAGCCGUGGGCUGGUCCACCGUUCCUCAGACCAUGUGGGGGGCCGGACUAUAUUUUGAAGAAAAAAAUGAAAGAAAUCCUAUACCCCACAAAUAACUCAGAGAUGCAUUUUCAAUAAACGCACACAUUCUACUCAUGUAAAAACACCAGGCAGGCCUCACAAAUAACCCAGAGAUGCAUUUUCAAUAAAAGCACACAUUCUACUCAUAUAAAAACACGCUGAUUUCCGGACCGUCCGCAGGCCAGAUUGAGUAGGCGAUUGGGCCGGAUCCGGCCCCCGGGCCUUAGUUUGUCUACCCAUGGUUUAGAUCUAAGAGGCAAGGAUAUGCAAGGCCCGUUUAGGGGGCAGAGGAUGCAUUCUGCUUUGGAGAAUAGUCUGCUAGUUGAGAGCCGAUGAGCCCCAUCAUUAUAUAUAUUUAGGUGUCUGUCAGAAACCAGAUUAAUUAAGAUUAAGGGUUUGGUGGUUAUUUUGCUGAAAUGAUGUAUCUUCCGCAGGUAUGUAAACACCCACCCACCCCCAAGUUUAGCUAGUUUUUUUGUUUUCCGGAUCACUUGCUAGAAUCUGUAGCUCCUUAGGACAAUCCUAGUGUGAAGAAAGAGAAGAAUUAAAUCAGAACGUGGAACCAUACUCUUGGUGGUCCAUGAAUCUGUGGUAGUAGUAUCAGUCACAAAACUGUUCAUUUAACCUCUUCAUUCUCAGAUCUUUGGCCGCAUUGACUCAUCUCACUCUGUUCCUGCCAUUGAUAUUUGGAAGCGCCUGGAGGGCAGGGACUUUUUCUUUUAAUUGGCAAUUAAUUUAGGGCCCAAGAUAUAGGGAGUGUUGUUCGUUUCCUUUUUUUUUUUUUAAUAAGAUAUUUAUUAAGGUUUUUUGAAAUAUUACAGUAAAAAUGAAAAAGAAAAGAGAAAAAUACAAAAUAAAAACAGUUAAAAACACAUAUAUUUUCAAUUACUUAUUUUCCUUUAGCUUGUUUCCCGGACCUCCUCGUACCUCCCUUUUUAGUAUUCCACUUCAAUUUAUUGGUUCAGCAAAUCCUUACCAUUAGAUUUUAACCCAUUUAUAACCCUUUUUUCAUAUUCUCUUAAAGCAUUACAGCUAGAAACCGCUUAAUUACUAUCCAACAUCAUUCUAUCAUUCAUUAAUUUUACAAUAUUUCUGUAAAUAGUCUUUAAAUUUCUUCCAAUCUUCUUCCACCGACUCUUCCUCCUGGUCUCGGAUUCUGCCAGUCAUUUCUGCCAGGGAGUGUUGUUCGUUUCCACCCCACGCACCCACCCUAUCAAGAACCCUGUGAGGCGGGUUAGGGCUGGAAGGCAAUUUUCUGGGGCAUUGUGGCUGAGUGGGGAGUAGGGAUUUGAUCCCGGACCCUUGUGGUCCUAGACCAACACCCUAACCACUUAACACCAGCUUUGGCCAUGCUUUGUGAGAAAAUACACUUCUGAAUACGCAAAAAGUGGAGCUGAAGCUUCAUUAGACCACUGAAGUUAGGAUUUCUGCCCCAUGUUGGAGCAUUUAUCCUACCCCUCACCCCACAAUAUUCAUAUUAAGAUGACACCACCUGUACAGGUGACUGGACUCUACAGGUGCCAAGGGAUUGCAGCAACCUGAGGCCAGGAUUAGCUGUCAAGGAAACUGGAGAAGAGGCCUUGAAUGCUCCUACGGAGGGAGGGAAGUGCAAGGGUGCAGGAAGGGAGAAAAGAGAAAUGAUUUGAAGCAGUCUGACAUGCUAUCCUGGCUGGGACUGAUGGGAGCAGUUGUCCAAACCAACUGUCCCCUGGCCUGGUCCCAGAAAGCAGUAUCUCAUUAUAGAGCAAGAAGCCACAGUGUAAGGAGCUGUGCGUGAAUCUGAAUUUAUGAUAUGGUUUAUCUCUGUAGGUCAUGGCAUAAGAUUGACAUAACUCUAAAUACGACAUGAGACCCUCCAAGGAUGAGCUUUGGUGACUAUGGAACCAGCCAGAUUCCAGCCCCUUGCUGAAAGGCAUUCAGGAAUAACCACACACAUCUGAUUUAAGGAUUAACACAUGCUGGAUUUACAUACAAUGGUACCUCAGGAUGCGAACGGGAUCCGUUCCGGAGCCCCGUUUGCAUCCUGAAGCGAACGCAACCCACAACUGUGUGUUUGCGCGUGCCCGAGUUGCGAUUUGCCACUUCUGCACAUGCGCGUGACGUCAUUUUGACCGUCUGCGCAUGCGCGAGUGGCGAAACCCGGAAGUAAUGCGUCCCGUUACUUCUGGGUCGCCACGGAGCGCAACCCGAAAGCUCUCAACCUGAAGCAACUUCAACCCGAGGUGUGACUGUACAGUGGUACCUCGGGUUACAUACGCUUCAGGUUAUAGACUCCACUAACCCAGAAAUAGUGCUUCAGGCUAAGAAAUUUGCUUCAGGAUGAGAACAGAAAUCACGUGGCGGUGGCGCGGCAGCAGCAGGAGGCCCCAUUAGCUAAAUUGGUGCUUCAGGUUAAGAACAGUUUCAGGUUAAGAAUGGACCUCUGGAACAAAUUAAGUACUUAACCCGAGGUACCACUGUAUAAACUAAACAAGCUAUAGCUUAGGGCCUCACUCUCUUGGCGCCCCCAAAAAAUUUAAAGGGGGAAAAAACUGAAUGUAUAUUUCCAAAAUAUAUGAUAAAAAACAAAUAAAAUAAACCCUACAUACAGCAACAGUGGCAAAUGGCUUUAGAUACCUAUUAGGUCCAUAAAUUACCAUAUAGCAUAUAUUCAACACAAAAAACAGCAACAAUUUGUUGUUGACAAAGGACAGCUGGACAUAUAAAGGGCCCUAUUACCUUCCGUAGCUUAGGGCCUCAUCAAACCUAAAUCUGGCCCUGCUCGGACGUUUUGGCUCCUGAACGCCACAAACCCGGAAGUGAGUGUUCCGGUUUGCGAACGUUCUUUGGAAUCCAAAUGUCCAAUGGGGCUUCCAUGUCUUCUGAUUGGCUGCAGGAGCUUCCUGCAGCCAAUCGGAAGCCACGCUUUGGUUUCCAAACAUUUUGGAAGUCGAACGGACUUCUGGAACGGAUUCCGUGCGACUCCCAAGGUACGACUGUACUCAGCUCCUCAUCCAUCCACACGAUGGUAAGGUGAUGUAAAGGAUGUCAAACAAAGAUGCCUAGUUUCAGGUAAUCACUCACUAUCAGCCAUUCUUCACUAAGAUGGGCAAGGUGAGAACCAGGGCAGAAAAUUCCAGGAGUAUCUGUGGAAAUUAUAGAAAUUUCACUACCUGCUCCGCUCUCCACUGGCAUGCCUUGGCAAAAAGGGUGUUAAAAAAAUAAAAUAGAUGCAAAGCUUAGUUGGGCUCUCCUUGCUCCAACAGGACAGAACUUAUUCAACGCUCCUUUGCUUUGCUUUAAAGACAGGUAUACUUUCUUUUCUCUUCCUCAUAGUGUGGGUUUAUGGCAAAAUUGUCAUGUCCAUUCUUCUGUAGGCUUUUAGACUAGGGAAUCUUUCACUCCUUAAUCAAGGUGUGUUAGAUAUUGUUAUAUGCUACCUGCUUAGACUGUAGCUUUGCUGCCUAAAGCAGCAUUUUUAUAUAUUCUGUCCCUCCUAUUUUUUGUAUUAAACCAAGCCUUUUUUGUUUCUUUGUGUGAGAGCUUCUUGUGGGCAUAAGAUUGUUGACAUACACACCCAUAAACAAGCACACAUCAUAACUCCAGCAAAAGAUCCUAAAUCUCUGAGCAGUGUGCAUAUGAAUAUACACCUGAGUGCUGGCUGCGUACCUGGGAGUCCAGGUACACACUCGUAACAACGAUGUCUCUUGGGCUAAGCUGGCCCCUACCAUUAAGCCGAGUGAGGCAGCUGCCUCGGGUAGCUGAUCUGGCGUAUUCCCAAAGGGCAGCAAAUUAUUAGUUAGCCAAUUUAUUACCAGCUAGGGCUGAUGUCGGCGGUUCGAAUCCCUGUGACGGAGUGAGCUCCCGUUGUUCAGUCCCAGCUCCUGCCCACCUAGCAGUUCGAAAGACGUCAAAGUGCAAGAAGAUAAAUAGGUACUGCUCUGGCGGGAAGGUAAACGGCGUUUCCGUGUGCUGCUCUGGUUCGCCAGAAGCGGCUUAGUCAUGCUGGCCACAUGACCUGGAAGCUGUACACCGGCUCCCUCGGCCAAUAAAGUGAGAUGAGCGCCGCAACCCCAGAGUCGGCCACGACUGGACCUAAUGAUCAGGGGUCCCUUUACCUUUACCUAGGGCUGAUGGGAGCUGUGGUCAAUAGACCCCCCCCAUCAUAUUAGCCUCCUUUCCUUGUAAAGCCCUCUGAGCUAAGGGCUACCACUGCAUCUCGCAGCACAGCAGAAAUGUUGGUAGGUGUGAAACAACCAUCGCAACUCAUAGCUACGGACAGCCUUACCCUCUGUGAAUUGUGGAAUAUAUCAAGUGAAUUGUCUCACCCUCCUGUUCUCUCUGCCUGCUGGAAAAGUCACUGUGGGCAGAGCAGGUCAGGAUGGGACCGGGUGUGCCUCCCUCUGGGAUUAUGCAUUCCAGAUCAUUGGUAAUUGGUUUCAAACUUCAUACAUGGGUGGGGAUUGUGGUGCAUAAAUACAAAAAAAAAAAUUAUAAGUGGGGUGGGACAAUGCUAGAACUCAUUUACCUUGUGCUCAUUGCUAGUUUAUUUAUGGCUCAACACUUUAAAACUUAAAAAAAAAAAUGUUUUUAUUAUUAUUGACUAGGUUUGUGGGUAAGAAGAGCGGUCUUUGGAUAAUCUCUGCAGUUGGGUUUGUGAUUUUGGUGCCUUCCUCCACCCAAGACACUUUCCCCCCUCGUUCUGGUCAUAUGAGAGCAGAGCAGACUGCGUUUCUCAAAGGCUUAUUUGUCUGGAAUGUCCCCAGUGGGUUGCAGGUUAAAAUGAAAGAUCGUCUCCCUUUUCUCCGCCCAUCCCCCUGGGAGCUGAUGCCAUAUCUGGAUAACAUCAAGGAGGAUCAUCUGUGAGGGAUUUGCCUCGGCCUUUUUGAAGUUUCAGAGCCGCUUGUUGUGACUUGAUGGAUACAGAGGGCCGUGGCUCGCAAUUCCGGAGGACUGUAAGAAGUCCAGAGCCAGGGUUCCUGUGUCCACAUCCGAUAUGCUAACCAUGACAGCUAAAUGGAACCUCCAUAGCCCAAGGCAAUGUACCUCUAACUAUCAAAUGCUGGGAAGAAACAGCAAGGGCAGGGGUUUGGAAGGCUGCUUAGUGCUACCAAAAUUAACAGGCCAGUGUUAAAAAUAUUAAAGAAUGCCUGCAGAUUGGGAGACUGGAAACAGGCAUACUUCACCGAUCAACAGUGGUAUUGCCUGUUCUCCAAAUUCAGUACAAAUACAGUCGUACCUUGGAAGUCGAACUGAAUCCUCCUGCAGCCAAUCAGAAGCCCCGUCGGAAAUUCGGCUUCAAAAAAAUAGUUCGCAAACCAGAACAGUUACUUCCGGGUUUGCGGCAUUCGGGAGCCAAAACGUUCGAGAACUAAGCUGUUUGAAAACCAAGGUACGACUGUAGUGAUUCUUUUUGUUAGUAGUGAGGGGCCUUUUAUGAAAAUGUGUGUGUGCAUGAACAUACGCACAUUUUGCACUUUGGAGAAAACUUUCAGUGUCCUGUCGUGAACUUCCACAAUACACCUUUCCCUACUUUUCCUUGCAAGGUCAGCAUUUAUUUUUCCAAUCUGUUGGCUGAAAGCCAGCUAAGUGUGUGAGGGACAGACUCCUGGAUGUGGUUGUUUGCAGUGCCCAGAUUGGCUGCAUUCUGGGGACGGGUUGGUGUUUCUCAGAAGUUGGUUGGUGGUUCUCCGAGUAGAUCAGGAACGGUGGGCAUCUUGUGUUUCAAGUUUCGUGCUCAGCCAGAGGUUGGGUUGGGGAGCUGGCGCACACAGAGCGAUGGCAACACAUAGCAGGCCUGGCCAGUGUGCACUUUGUGGCUUCCCAUCACCAUCCACAAUGCCAAGAUGCUCUGUGGCAGGCCUGUCUCUGUGGAAAGGGUUCCCUCAGCGUGGAAACAAGGGGUUAGUACAGGCAGGCAGCCAUCCUUCUGUACACUCCUCUUCUGUUUGGUUCUCUUUUCUGGUUCUGCUCGUCCUCCUCCUUUUCCCUCUCAUCUUUUGCCAUUGCUCUUUCAAAAUCUUUUCCUCUCCCAAAGAUUGUUGCGGUGCUGCAGAUGCAACCCAUUCUAGGUCAGACCUCACGAUCCUAUUGCGGCUUGAACAUCUCCCACUGAAGACUAGUGAGCUAUUGAAUAUCUUCCUAUAUACAUUAAAAUGUAAUGCUGUCAUCACACAGCCCCCAUCAAAGGAUUUCUAAUUGCAUGGGGCAAGAAGGGGAGGCUCUAGGGGAGCUUAAUGGGGGGGGAAUAGAAGGGUAGUUGGGGAGGGGAACAGGCAGCCCUACAGCUGUACAGUGUGUGUGUCUUUUGUAUAUAUGUUUGCUGCUUCAUGCACUCUGGUGUUGCCCCUGUGCCAAGGGAGGGGUUCUCAUUGAGAACCCAACUGCCCCAGAACUUCAGACCUCCCUGCUCUUCAGGAGCAUGAAAUAUGCUUCCCCCUGCCUCCAUCUGAGCAACGCGUCAACUUCCCCAGUCUAAAAAGAGGAGAAGUUGGGAGUGGACUUCCUCCUAUAGUGCUCGCUAGAAAAAGCCAUUGUGUGUUUUUUUAUUUUAUUCGGCUGGCAGAAGGGGGAAUCUUCCAAGCGCUUCUAUUUCGGUGUCGCACGGCUGCCGUUGCCGCACGUCAACGCUGCCCUUCCUAGUGCGUGACUGGGAACUCUGCGCACACAAGGGGGGGGGCUCCACUUUUGCACCAGGAGCUUUCCUUCCCAAAUGGGUGGGCCUCCCCCUCCGGCCAGCAAGUCCACAGGUGCCAGUCUGCCACCUGCAAGGUAACGGUGCACAUCUUGUGUCGAUUUGGGGCGGGGUCCUUCCUUUACUUUCUCUGCUGCGCUGGAGUGCGGGGGAAGCCCCUUCCCGAAAGUGCGCUUUCUGUUUUGCAGCUUUUGGCUGUGUCACUAAGGGGGGUGGGGUUUCCACCGCCGGGUGGGCUAUUUUCAGUGUGCACGAGUGUGUUGUUACGACAAUCCUGGCUUUAAAAUAGGAGUUUCCACAAAGCUGCCAUAUCUAGGUGCGCUGAUACGUAGUUGUCCGAUGGGAAGGAAAACCCAAAUAUGGCACCUCUCCUUUGGAAGAGGGAGGACCAGUUGUUGUUGUUGUUGUUGUUGUUUUGCAGGGCAAGGGGUAUUGUGGUGCUUGGGGGUUCCUCCUGUUUAACUACGAUCGCUGGAUCCCACCUACCCACGCUCUCUCCCCUACCCCCACCCGUUUCCCGGUGACCACUGGAAGGCUUGAGGUGAAGCACGAGGCCUGGCGUGUGGAAGCGAGAGCAGUUGCUGAGUCAUCCACAGGCUGGUCUCGCUGAUAGACCCAGCAGGCGGGGGCCCGGCUGGGGGGCAAAGAGCUCAGGCGCCCGACCAGCAGCGGAGCACGUUUGCGUGCCUUUCUGGGUUCCGGAUCCGGAGCGGAUUGGAGGCUUCUGGCGUUGGCUUCCAAGUUCUGCCGGCUCUUGUGGGCCGGGUGGCUCGCCCCACCUGGGGUUCGGCCGCCCAGAAUCGUGGUGGCCUGGUAUCUGUGGGGGUCCUCCCAGCCACGUGGUGCCCCUGCUUCUUCCUUGCGUUCGCUCUGACCAAGGGCAUGUGAAGUUUCUGCACCACCAGCAGCGUAAGAAAGGAUCCUCCUCGUCCUGCUAUCUCCUUUGCUCCAGCUCCCGGCCUGCUGCAGCUAACUCUCUCCUCGCUUUGCCCAUUAUCGAGACCCCUGCUUCUCAGAUCGCUGCCUGCUAUGUCUUCCUGUCCCCCACUCUGACGCCUGGGAUGUCUUGCCACUCAGGUCUGCUCUUGACACAUGCCAGACCCCGGCCGCUUUCCUCUUCCCGGGCGAGCUCCCAAAAUGUCGCACGGCUCAGCGUUUUGUGACUGACCCUUUCCCCCUCGGAAACCAUGGAACGUUCCCGGCCGAUCUGAAAUCGCAACCGAUGCAGCCGCUGGGUGCUCAGUGCGCUGCCCAUUGGGAGUGUGUGAUUGUUAAAGAAAGCUUGCAAUCUGGGCGAGCUGUGAAUCAGAAGCGGGGAACCUUUUUCAGCCUCCUGGGGAAAGUGGGGGUGCCAGGGGGGCCCUGUCUGGCAGUGGUUGAUGGAGCUAGAUUCAGAAGUUGGCAUAGCUACUUCUGCAGUGGGCAGAACGCUGCCGUUUAUAAGACUUGGAUUGUGAUCGUUAUUAUUUAAAGGACCCUCUCUCUGCCAGCAAACUUUCCUCGAGAGGCGUUCCCGUCAGUUUGCCUUUAAAUUGCAAGCAUGGGUUUUCUCGAGGAAGUCGCGAGCCUGCCUGCAGAGAGAAGCUGCCCAUGUGCUGCUGACUGGGGCUGGCAACGAACGCACUUCCUGCUUGGAGUGGCGUGCGCUGCAACGAUAAAAACACUUUUGCAGGAUGAGGAGAGGGGCUUGCUGGGAGGGCGUCACGCUCUAGGGCCAAGCGGGCUGCGAAAUCCCAUGCCUUUGUGUAGAGACAGGCCUUUGAGAGAGCGCUGGACUUCCUUGCACAAACCUGAGAGGCUUGGGCCAGGGCCGGCCCUACCAUUAGGUAGAGAUGAGGUUGCCUGCCUCAGGCAGCAGGUGCUUAGAGGCUUCAAAUAAGGUGCUGGAGGGACAGAGGGGUGCUUAUAUGCCUCACAGCAUGCCUGCCCCCCACUAAGCUAGCCUGGUACCCUCAAGUGCACUGCAGUGCAGGAUAUCAUCCCGUUGCAAAGCGUGGAACUAAGACCACGCUCACAGCAUUCAUUCAGAGCACUAGAACAACAUUGUUUAAUAGAAAGAGGAAUUGGUUGAAACUGAUCAUAAAUCCCUCAGUCACAGUUCCAGUUUCAGAGUUCAGGGACGCAUCCCAGCCGGAUACAAGCCCUCAAGGAGAAUGCAAACCAGGACUACAAGCUUGUGUUGCUUGGGAGAGUGUCUUGCCUGGGGAGAAGCCCUGAGGGUCAGAUCCAGAGGCUUGCAGGGCCACCCAUAUGGGUGGUGGAGCAGAUACUUGGAAACAUAGCAUGUCCAUUCCUGUUCCUUGGAAGAACCUGGUCUGUGUGCAAAACCGGGGGGUGGGGGUGGUCAGGGGGCUGCUGUGGGGGAUAGAUGUGGAGUCUGAUAGGCAAGAACAACCUUCUCCUAUAGAUCAGGAGUUCUAUAUUGCAGUUUUUAAGGCUAUACAUUUACAACCACAUGGAUUUAUUGCAUUUUAAUAUUGCUGUGUUGUCUCUUCCCUAACCCUCUCUUCAGAACAACCCUGCGAGGUAGGUCCACUGAGCCAUAAUAAUAAUAAUAUUUUUUUAUUUAUACCCCGCCCUCCCCAGCCAAGGCCGGGCUCAGAGCGGCUUACAAGCAAUCAUAAAAACAAGAUGAAUGAUUACAACUUAAAAACAGAAUUAAAAUACAACAUUAAAAUAUUGAAACAUUAAAAUAUUAAAAUGUAGCCUCAUCGCAGGAGGAGAAGGAAAGGAAAAAAGAAAUAGAGGGAGGGAAUCAAACUGAUUCUAAGCCAAAGGCCAGGCGGAACAACUCUGUCUUACAGGCCUUGCGGAAAGAAAUCGGAUCCCGCAGGGCCCUGGUCUCAUGAGGCAGAGCGUUCCACCAGGCCGGAGCCAGUGUUGAAAAGGCCCUGGCUCUGGUUGAAGCCAAUCUAACUUCCUUAGGGCCCGGGACCUCUAGAGUGUUGCUAUUUAUAGACCUUGAGGCUCUCCAUGGGACAUACUGGGAGAGGCGGUCCCAUAGGUACGAGGGUCCAAGGCCGUGAAGGGCUUUAAAGGUCAAAAGCAGCACCUUCAAUCUGACCCUGUACUCCACCGGGAGCCAGUGCAGCUUGAAAAGCACUGGGUGAAUAUGCUCCCAUGGCAGAGACCCCGUGAGGAGCCUCGCCGCAGCAUUCUGCAUCCGCUGGAGUUUCUGGGACAGCUUCAAGGGCAGCCCCGCGUAGAGCGAAUUACAGUAGUCAAGCCUGGAGAUGACCGUCGCAUGGUUCACUGUGGCCAGGUCGGGGCGGUUGCCCUUGAGCUGACCUUGGAACCCGGAUCUCUCCAAAUCCUAACCAGACACCCUUUCCACUCAGUUUCACUAGCUAAAUAAGAGGUUUAGGGUUUAAAAUGUCAUUGAAAGACAAUGCAGGGAUGUUCUUGUUCUUAGGGGAUGCAAGAAACCAACCAGCUCGCUUUUGUAAACCACUUUGAGUUUCCUUUCUUCUUCUUUUUGCAAUCAGACAGUGUGUAAAUCUUACGAAAUAAAUAAAAUAAAUGGAAACUCUCCUGAGGGGAACUCUCUUGAAAUUGACCCGUAUACAGUGGUACCUCGGGUUACAUAUGCUUCAGGUUCCAGACGCUUCAGGUUUCAGACUCCGCUAACCCAGAAAUAGUACCUCGGGUUAAGAACUUUGCUUCAGUAUGAGAACAGAAAUCGCGCGGCGGCGGCGGGAGGCCCCAUUAGCUAAAGUGGUGUCUCAGGUUAAGAACAGUUUCAGGUUAUGAACGGACCUCCGGAACGAACUAAGUACGUAACCCGAGGUACCACUGUAGUCAGAACCGGCAGUGUCUAUGAAUUCAAGUCCAUUACUCUUAUUACUACUUUUGCAAUUCAUUCCUGUUGCGGUUGUGUUCUCGUUUUUCCGCAGUGCCCCCAAAUGUUUCCGGCCCCUGUGAUGAACGGGCUCCCUGCCCCGCCAGGCGACCCCGCGCACCCCGGCGGCUGGAAUGAGUUUUGCGAGCACCAUGCCAUCUCCACCGCCAGAGAGCUGGCCCGCAAGUACCUCCUCUUUGUCAGCGAGAACCCCCAGCACGAAGUCCUGGCGGCCGAGAACUUCUCCCUCCAGUUCGCCGACCUUUUCCAGCAGUACUUCCGCAACGAGGUGAAGGACGGCUUCGCCAUGAACCGGUUCCGCAUUCUCCCCUUCAGCAGGGUGCGGGAUUACCGGGAGACCGGCCGGAAGCAGCCGGGGGGCUCCCUCGGGGGGGUCGUGGCCAAAGCCGAAGUGGAGCUGGCUGACCAAGCCGCCAGGGCCCCCGAGACCCACCCCCGAGGCCUGACCAAGGCCUGGAGCUCGGAGGACCUUGCAGGAACGGCUUCCCCCUUGGCCGUGAGGAGACCCUUUUCCCUGGACCGCCUGAGGAGGAGUUGGCGCAGCUUUUUCCGCAGGAGGUCCUUGGAGCCAGCCCCCGGAGGAGGGGAGAUAUUGGACUCCGUUUCAAAGCCUGGCCUUGCCCGGAAGGUCUUCCCAUGGGCCCUUUCGCAAGACCCCUCUUCUCAGAUUCAGAAAGAGGGCAGUCUGAAAUACUGGAUGGUGACCGAGGCUACGAUGGACAGCGGGGCUUGCUGGCAGAGGUGCCGGCUGGUUUUGCGGAGAGCGGGGGCUUUGGACAACGACGAUUACAUCCUGGAGGUGUUUGAUCCCCCCAAGGUGAGUGAAGGGAGCCGCUCCCGGAGGCCUGUCUCUGUGUCUCAAUGGCUUGUUGUGGUUUUGGUUGCCUUGGGGAAGCUGCUUGCUCUUCUGAAGCACAACUGUGCCUUGUUUCCAGUAAGCAGAAUUUGUCUCUUCCUUCAUUUUCAUUCAUCCUCGUGGCAAGAACCACUGAGGUGGGCCGUUUUGCCCAGAGGCUUUGUCUGUUUCCUACGGCACACAAUUAUAUUUCCAGAGUCCUACUGCUAGUAGAGGGCAAGGGGUUGCUUUAGAUCAGGCAUCAUCAAACUCCAGCCCUCCAGAUGUUUGGGACUACAAUUCCCAUCAUCCCUGACCACUGGUCCUGUUAGCUAGGGAUGAUGGGAUUUGUAGUCCCAGACAUCUGGAGGGCCGGAGUUUACCUAUGCCUGCCUUAGGAUGACUAUGUGCUUAGAGAAAUUCACAGGGAAGGAGCAGCUAAUCAAGAGCAGGACCAUUGUCAAGGCUUGGCAUGGUGAGGUAUCUGUCCAAAUGGUUUGUUGUCGUGUUGGCACUUUGCCUGGACUGCCUGAGGAGGAGUUGGUGCAGCUUUUCCCCCAGGAGGUCCUUGGAGCCAGCCCCCGGAAGAGGGAAAAGGAGACCCAUUUUUUGUAUGUGAAUCUUCUACUAGAAUGGUGGUGUUGUUGUUUACGUUUUCUUGACUGGUGAGAAGGACCUGGUUAAACGGUGCUUGCCCUAGUGAAAGUAGUGAUCAUCAUUUUCCCAAGGGAGGUGGGUUUACUGAAAGUGAAACUGCGCUGGGGAGAUGCUUUGUCUCUAGGUCUAAGCUUAGAUGUGAGGCAGACAUCGCCUCCCCCACCAGGCCCUUUCUCAGUUGUGCAUUCAUGGUGGUUUUGAGGCUGCAAAAUGCAAUCCCACUUUCGGUGCAAGAAAGUUUGGGGGUGCUUUGAUUUUAAUUGGCAUGUGUCUCGCCAAACCAAAAAUGAGCAAGGGGGUGGUGUGACUCCCCUAUAAAGAAAGGUUGCAGACUUGGAGAGGUUUUAGUUUCGAGAAAAGGAAAAUAAGAGCUGCCAUUAUAGAGGUUUAUGGAGAAAAUUGGCUGAGGAGAGGUUUCAUCCUGUCGUAACACAGGAAUUUGUUGACAUCCGGUGAUGGCAAAUGUUGGAGGAGCCAGAUAAAAGGAAUUUGUUAUUUACACAGCCCACAGUUUUGUUCUUUAUAAAUGUUUUUAUUUAUUUUCAAAAUUGCAAAAAAGCAUAAAGAUCAACAUAAUGUAAUAUUUGGCUUGGCAAACAUACAAUCCGGGCAAUGCAUGCUAGAAUCAGAGUCCAUCAGCUUAUUCCAAAAGGUCUCCCACAUCCUUCCAUGUGUGUUUGGUGGUUUUCUUCCAUGAUCUUCGUCUCUUAUAGCCUGUGAACGGCUACCAGGAGCUACAGAGUGAAAAACAAUCAGAUUUUCACUGUGCUGCUCAUAUGUCAGUUUUUCUGCCAAUGCUGCCAUACAGAAUCGAGUACAGUUGUACCUUCGUUUUCAAACUGCUUAGUUCUCGAACAUUUUGGCUCCCGAAUGCCGCAAACCCGGAAGUGACUGUUCUGGUUAGUGAACUAUUUUUGGAAGCUGAACGUCCGACAGGACUUCCGCGGCUUCUGAUUGGCUGCAGGAGCUUUUUGCAGCCAAUCAGAAGCCGCGCUUUGGUUUCUGAACGUUUUGGAAGUCAAACGGACUUCCGGAAUGGAUUUCGUUCGACUUCCAGGGUACGACUGUAUACCAGGAUUCAGUAUUUGCCAAAUCCCUAGCACCUCACAACUUCCAGCCGGGCUGCUGGUAGCAGAAGGUGCAGCUGGCCUUUAUUGGCGAAUCUCUGGCCAGGAUUUCCCUGUGCCCCUAGCAGCACCAGCGCAAGGGAUAGAGAGAUGGGCACACAUGUAGGUUGGCCGUAUUUCAUUAAAGACUUUAGACAAGGGUGGUCCAAUGCAUGGCCCUCUGCAACAUACGAUGCCCCCCCAGCCCUUGUCCUGCCUUCCCAAAGCCAGGUAAAUGAGGUGUUGGGCUUUGAGAAGGAAGAAGAAGAAGAGUUUGGAUUUGAUAUUCCUCUUUAUCACUACCCUAAAGAGUCUCAAAGGGACGCGGGUGGUGCUGUGGGUUAAACCACAGAGCCUAGGACUUGCCAAUCAGAAGGUCAGCGGUUUGAAUCCCCGCGACGGGGUGAGCUCCCGUCGUUUGGUCCCAGCUCCUGCCCACCUAGCAGUUCGAAAGCACAUCAAAGUGCAAGUAGAUAAAUAGGUACCACUCUGGCGGGAAGGUAAACGGUGUUUCCAUGUGCUGCUCACUAAAAUGCGUACUGAUUUUCAGGAUGAUCUAAGAUAAACAAAUUGCAGAUUUGCCACAGAAAUGUGAAGAACUGGAUAUAAGAGCUGUUGGACAGUGGAACGGACUCAGUUGGGAGGCUGUGGACUCCCCUUCCUUGGAGGUUUUUAAACAGAGGUUGGACGGCCGUCUGUCGUGGAUGCUUUAGCUGAGAUUCCUGCAUUGUAGGGGGUUGGACUAGAUGACCCUGGAAUGUCCCUUCCAACUCUACAAUUCUUUAAAACUGGGGGAAAUGAGAAACUAAGAUAACCUGAAACUGACAGGCCCUUCCAUCCCUUUUCCCUUUGAGAGAUUUCUUGAUUUAACCCAGAGAUGAUGAUGAUGAUGAUGAUGAUACAGUGGUACCUCGGGUUACAUACGCUUCAGGUUACAUACGUUUCAGGUUACAGACUCCGCUAACCCAGAAAUAGUGCUUCAGGUUAAGAACUUUGCUUCAGGAUGAGAAAAGAAAUCGCAUGGUGGCGGCUAAAGUGGUGCUUCAGGUUAAGAACAGUUUCAGAUUAAGAAACGGACCUACAGAACGAAUUAAGUACUUAACCCGAGGUGCUGUUGUUUAGUCGUUUAGUCGUGUCCAACUCUUCGUGACCCCAUGGACCAGAACACACCAGGUACUCCUGUCUUCCACUGCCUCCUGCAGUUUGGUCAAACUCAUGUUCGUAGCUUCGAGAACACUGUCCAACCAUCUCGUCCUCUGUUGUCCCCUUCUCCUUGUGCCCUCCAUCUUUCCCAACAUCAGGGUCUUUUCUAGGGAGUCUUCUCUUCUCAUGAAGUGGCCAAAGUAUUGGAGCCUCAGUUUCACGAUCUGUCCUUCCAGUGAGCACUCAGGGCUGAUUUCCUUAAGAAUGGAUACGUUUGAUCUUCUUGCAGCCCAUGGGACUCUCAGAGUCUCCUCCAGCACCAUAAUUCAAAAGCAUCAAUUCUUCGGUGAUCUUUUGGUCCAGAUCUCACUUCCAUACAUCACUACUGGGAAAACCAUAGCUUUAACCCGAGGUACCACUGUAAUAAUAAUAAUUUAUCAUUUAUACCCCGCCCAUCUGGCUGGGUUUCCCUAGCCACUCUGGGCGGCUUUCAACAGAAUAUUAAAAUACAAUAGAGAUGGGGGCAAGUUGCGGUGGGGGGGGGCAGCCCUCUGACAGUUUGGUUGCCUUGUUGGGAUGGAAUCAAUAGAUAGAAGCUCCCCUCCUUUGGCAAGCAAAGCUGCUUUUACAUGUCUGCAAAAAUUUGGCCCCUGCAUAUCUCAUGGGAGCUGAGGGCUGGAAGCCAGCGUCCGUGGAUGAGCCGGCUGAGAGUAAAUGCUCUUUCCAUCUCUUUUGGGAUGUGUGUGUGCGCACGCAUGUUUGCGCACUCGAUCCUGGCUGCUGCCCCAAAGGAAGGUUUGUGAAUGGAGAAAGCCUUUUCGCCUUUAGCACUGGAAGGUUUUGUAAGCGCAGGUCACCAUGAAGGUAGGAAAGGCCGUCAGUAAUAAGAAUUGUCUUCUUCUUUUUUGCAGAGGAGAAAUUUGCUUUCCUCCUCCUCCUCCUCCUCUCUUCCAUGCCUUCAAAGCGCCCCCCCACCCCAUGUUAAAACAGGAAUCUAUUCAUCCAGCGCGCACAGAGGCCGACAAUUAAUAGAGAGCCGAGGACGGGGAUUGAAUUUAAACUCACGUAGGCUCGCCAAAGGAUUUGGUGUUUGGCGUUUGCUCUCCUCUCUCCCCAACCCCCCAGCCCUUCAGGAACUAAAUAUAGCUCCGUGGGGCCGUGUCGGAUGCGAGUGUCUUCCGGAGGACUCAACAACAUAACAUUCUCCUCAUGCAGCUUUUGGCCUUCCUUUAAUGAGAGAAUAUUUUCUGCACACCGCAGCUCCCCCCCAGCCCCUGCAAGAAAGGGGAAGGCAGUCUGCGUUUGCCCUUAAGUUACAAAUGUGCGAGGGAAUAAGUAUUAAGUGCUGUUGCUGUUUUUAAAAAAGAGGGCACAGGGGUUACUUCUUAGAUUUGCCACAAAUCCAGUGAUUUCUUGUGCUAGGGAGCUCCGUUGCACUUCAAGAGAUUCCUAUCGAACCCCCAGUGCAUAAACGCUGCUUUGUCUGCAUCGAAUUCAUUCGUUCAUUAUUGCAUUUAUAUCCCACCUUUUCCUCCAAGGAGCUGAAGGCGACAAGCACGUUUUAAACCUCUUCGUUUAAUUCCCACAACAACCCUUUGAGGUAGGCUAGGCGAAGAUGCUGUAAGAGGCCCCAAGGUCACCCAGAGAGCCCUGUAGGAUUGGUAGGAUUUGAACCCUGGUCUCCCAGGUCCCUAGUCUGGCACUGCACGGCACCGGCUCGUAAUUAACAUUAAUUAUUUAAUUCUUACUAAACAAGAGCUACUAUUUAUUAAUUAAGAGCUUUUAGUAUACGUUUAUUUGUUAAACGGAUUUCUGUGCUCUCCCCUCAGGGUACAUUGCCCAUGCCCAGGCACUUUCCAGGGGGGGGGAAAUGUUUUUAAAAAGAAGCUUAGAAGCAUCAGAAGAUCCCAAGUUAAAUACAGCAAAUUUGCCAUUUUCAAAAACCACAAACAGAUCAGCAGCAAAACCUUUUUUUCCUCCCUUUAACAUAGGACUGGGAUUUUAUUUUUAAAGGCUUUAAGAGUUCUCCUAAAAUCAGGCCGUGACAAGGACCUUCCAUGUUUCUCACUGGGGAGGGAAUUCCAAAGGGGUGGAGCCACCACUGAGAAGGCCCCGUCUCUUCCAAGGAAGAACGGAGGAGCCUGCUUUUGAAGGAAAUCCACCUACACCUUGGAUUGUGUGGCUUGGAUUGCAGCAAGGAGUAUAGGUGACUUGAUAACAUGCCAAGGUUCUUCCCCCCCCAAAAAAAAACAAAUCAAUCCACUUUCAUCCUUUGGUAAUCUUUAAGAGCAAGCCUGGUCUCUGGAUGGAGCAGAAGUAUAUUUCAGACUAGUUAGUGCAGGGAAUGGGGGCAGAUUCUUCCUUCCGCCACCCCGACUCCCAACUGUGCAUGUUAACUUUGCCCCACAGAAAUUAUAAAGCGGGCAGGGGUGUUAGAGAAAACUGUUGCAUCUGCAGCUCCUAUUAUCUAGCACGAUCUCAAAGACUCAAGCCUGCAAGUGAUGCUAGUUUUGCUAUUCCUAAACGGGCUCUGAUCUAGAUGUUUUCCCUGGGUUCUGUCUCUCGGUCACAUCAAGACCUGUCUUUGGACUGAGCUGCAAAUAAAAUGUUUUAAGCGUGUUUCAAGUACAAUAUACAAUGGGACCCUAGAUAGCGAUGGUGAGCCUUAUGGAAAAUUCAAGGUACAGUGGUACCUUGGUUUGCAUAUGUCUUGGUUUGCAUAUGUUUUGGAUUACACACAUGUCAAACCCGGAAGUGCAUGCCCUGCUUUGCAGCCUUUUUUUUUUGGAUUACAACCCUCUUUUUUUUUGGAUUAUGAACAAUUUUUUUUGGGAGGCCCCAUUGGCGAAAGCGUGCCUUGGGUUACAACCUGUCUUGGUUUACAAACAGACCUCCGGAGCGGAUUAUGGUUGUAAACCAAGGUAUACCACUGUAUUCUUAAAAACUUUUUUUUAAAAAAAGAAGCAUUUUCAGAACUUUUUAAAAUAUGUAUGUAGAUUCCACCUUUCUUUAUUUUUAUUUCGUUUAGGAGAUUUAUAUACCACUGUUCACUCAGCAGCAGCAGCAGCAGCAGCAGCAGCAACAAAGAUCCCAGGGCGGUUCACAAAGAAAUGUCACGUUUAAAAAGCAAAAGGCAAUUAAUGUGAAAAGGAAUUAGAAGAAAACCCCAGUUAAAACUUCAGAUAGAUCUAGAAUCCCUUAAGAGGCCUGAGAGAAUGAGAACAAUUUUGCCUGGUCAUGAAAGGACGGCAGAAUGGACUCUGGGCAGUCCUCUUUGGGGAGGGAAUCCCAGCUGAAAAUGCACCAUCGCUGCUAGUGAAAGGACCUGAUGAAUGGCAUCAUCAGAUGACCUCUGAAUCUCGGCAGGUGUUCCAUUAGGUACCUGGGACAAUGCCACAUAGGUGCAGGCUGUAGCCGUGGACAUGCUGUGUGAUCUGAUGGUGAAUUUGGGGUGACCUAAUGCAAAAAUCCUGAGGAUCCAUGGGCUUUUACCUCCCCCCUCCCAUUCAGCCUUCUUUAUUGCUAGCGUCCCUUAUCUCCCUCCUGAUCGCUUACCGAUCAGCUGCUUCCUUUCAACACCCCCUUCCCUCUUGUCUGCCUUAGUGUCUUUCCCUUAGCUGGAGCAGUUUUUUGCUCCUCUUUUUCUUCUAAUUUCUCUCCUCAUUGCUUUCGUCUUCCUGUCUCCUCUCCUUGCAAGUUCGCUGUCUUUACCUCCCCCCUCCCAGGCAGCCUCCUUUAUUGCUAGCGUCCCUUAUCUCCCUCCUGAUCGCUUACCGAUCAGCUGCUUCCUUUCAACACCCCCUUCCCUCUUGUCUGCCUUAGUGUCUUUCCCUUAGCUGGAGCAGUUUUUUGCUCCUCCUUUUCUUCUAAUUUCUCUCCUCGUUGCUUUCGUAUUCCUGUCUCCUCUCCUUGCAAGUUCGCUGUCUUUACCUCCUCCCUCCCAGGCAGCCUCCUUUAUUGCUAGCGUCCCUUAUCUCCUUCCCGAUCGCUUGCCGAUCAGUGGCUUUGUUUCAACACCCACUUCCCUCUUUAAUAAAAAAAAAAGCAUGAUCUACUUUUCGCCCCUGGGCAAUUCGGCUCCAGGGACCACACAUUCGCUUCAUAAGACGCACAGACAUUUCCCCUUACUUUUUAGGAAGAAAAAAAUGCGUCUUAUAGAACAAAAAAUACGGUAAGUACUUUUAGUGCCCAGAAACCUUGCACCUGCAGUCUCUACUAGAUGUAGCAGAGGGGGAUAGCUCAGUCAGUAGAGCUAUCCCUUACUCUUAAUCUCAGGGUUGUGGGUUUGAGCCCCGCACUGAGCAAAAGAUUCCUGCAUUUUGGGGGUUGGAUGACCUUUGUGGUCCCUUCCAGCUCUGCAGUUCUAGGAUUCUAAUAGUUUCCAAAUUGUCUUCAAGGGAAGCUCAGCAUAGAAUGCAUUGCCAAAAGAGAACCAGAGGUCAGAUCACUGUGGCCAAGAUAGCAAUGUCCCAGAGACUUUGCAGCUGGUGAAAGGCACUUCAACCCCAGACUGGGGGAAUGUGGAUCUCUCCAGAGCAGAGUAUUAAACAGAGCCAGGAGGUGAUCCACCCACUGAGCUUCUGUCUUGCUAGGAUCGAGCGUCACCUUAUUGGCUGCCAUCCUGCUGUUGGUUCAAUACUUCUUGUGUACACACACAAAUACUGUAUUCCAGAUUGCAACAUGUUUCUUACCGGUAAAAGGAUGUGUUGAUUUAUUCUUUCUGAUGGUUUUAUCCAUUUCCGCAGCGUCACUUGGAGAUUUUCACACUUUGUAUCUCCUGCCAGGUCCUUCAGGGCAUUUGAGGUGCCAGCUGGCCACUGGGCGAAGGAGCAAGUGUCAAGAAUGGCACGCAUGACAAUGUUUGUAUGGUGUGCUUUCCUGUUUGCAGUGUGUGUGUGUUGAGCUCAAGGAGCAAAUACUCUGACUCUUGGCAGAACUUUUAGCACUCAGUUUGUCUCACAGUUGAGGUUCGGCAAACUUUUUCUUUUUCCUUUCCCCUCUUAAUUUAACGUGCCAUGCAAAGCAAUGUUUGCUUUCAUCUAGCAAAUCCAGCUCUUGGAACACGAUGCUCAUGAAAUGGUUUUGGACAUGGUAUUGGGGGAGAAUCCAGAAAUAGAGAGACUAAAGCCCAGAUUUCAACACAGGAGGGGGAUUUGGCCUAAAAAUUGGGUGCCUCGGAAGGAGAAGAAUUGGCAGAUUCUGUGCCAUCGAGCUUCUCCCUUGGGCACCCCCGGCCACAGGUGAUGGAUGGACAGCUGAAAGGAUACGGGAAUCAAUAAUUCCAGGAAAGCAUUUUUCGGGGUGGGUGGGGGCUGUUUUCCCCUUUGAGAGCUGACUCGACUAUUCUGCCAGGUUCCAGCCCAGAGCAAUACAGUAUUUACAGCCAAGCUGAAAAAUCCCAUGAAAAUUGGUACUUCCAACGGAAGCAUCUGUAGUCAUUUUAUUUCAACCAGAUGUUACGGCAGGAGAAGGCUUCGGGAAGAGAGGAUGUGCUCUUUGUGCUGUGUUUAGCACCAUGUGCUGUGUGGGGGUCAGGAAGGAACUUCCUUACCCCCCCAAUCACUAUAGCUAUUGCAGGGAUGGGGAGCUCCUGGCAACUUGGGUUAAUAUGUGGCCCUUGAGGCAACACUCUCCGGCCCUCAGGACUCUCCCCAGUCCUUGCUGCUACUUGACUCUGUCAGCUGAAUGGCAAUAAAGCAUCUUGCUUGAGCAGGUGUGGCCCAGAGAUGUCCAGGCUGGACUCCAGCCCAGGAAGCCUUUCUCUACCUGAGAUCCUGGAAGAGUAGUCACAGAAGGUAAUAGGGGUGUUUGCAUGUUACAUGCAGCAAACAUGCAGUCUAUGUACAUGUCAACAAUACCUCAAUAUCUUAAGGGCCACCUCUCCCCGUAUGAACCGACCCGGACCCUGCACUUGUCAUCUGAGGCCUUUCUCUAUGUCCCCACUCCUAGAGAGGUUCGCAGGGUGGCAACAAGAGAACACGCCUUUUCGGUGGUGGCUCCCCAACUGUGGAAUGCUCUCCCCAGAAAGGCUCGCCUGGCACCGUCAUUACACAUCUUUAGACGCCAGGGAAAACAUUCCUCUUUACCCAAGCCUAUGGCUAUUAAAUAAUCUAUGGCCUGUGAAAGUGUGCAGGAAAAGAGUUAUGGUGGUGAUUAUUUUACCAUUAGGCUGUCUGCCAGUAUGUUUUUAAUUAAGUUUUUUAUCAUGGAAGUUUCGUAAUGUGUUUCUAUUGCUGUACACCACCCUGAGAUCUUUUGAUAAAGGGCAGUAUAUAAAUUGAAACAACAACAACACUACAAUCCAUCGCACAAACACUUGGACAUUUAUAGAGAAGGCUUGUGCCAGUGUUCAGUAUAUAUGAGUAAUUUGAGCUAGAUUGGAACCUGCAAUUCCCCCCCUUGCCCUUUUCCCCUGUUGAGGGCUAUAUUUUCCUGGGGUUGAUCUGUUGGCAGGGGCUGCAUACUGGUACCCCAUUUUUGGGGGGCCUUGUGAAAUUUGGUUGAGGACUGCCAAUUUCUCCCCCCACGCUAGUCUGGUAUAAGGAUGGAAUGGAUAAAAAAUUGAUAUAUAAAUAAUUCCCUGGAGUAAAGACGUCAUUUUUGUUGCAAUUUCCAAGGCUCCGUUGUCCUUGUGGCUCUCUCGGUUCCCAUAAAUUUCUCCAGUGACUCCCCUCACUUCAUCACACUUGCUUGCUUCCCUCUGAGGCCCUUUGCUUGGUCCCAGUAAUUUGGGACUAAUUUGGGACCAAUUUGGAAUGUCGAUAACUUAACAGAAUAUGCUGCUAUUUUAUUUGGUUUCUAUUAAUUGUCAUGGGCAAAGAUUAGUCAGGCCUCUGCCCCUUGGAGCUUCCAGUCUAAAGUUUGCUGAUUGGGAGAAAGAAAGUGUGGGAUGACACUUGUUUUGUUGUAACGUCAUCUAACCUCCCUACAAACAAAUCAGAGUCAGUGUUUAUUAAAUAGCCAGCGUUGUCUAAUCUCCCUGCAAACGAACCAGAAUGAGUGCUCAGUUCAAGAGGUGGUGCCCCGAUCUUUCUUGUGUUCUUUUCUUCUGGGCCAAAGCUGAACUGGGGUGGGGGCGUGCAGAUGUGCGAAACUAUGGUUUGUGCUAGGUAAACUGGCCAGCCAGGGGAGGAGAAGAAGACGAGUUUGGAUUUGAUAUCCUGCUUUAUCACUACCCUAAGGAGUCUCAAAGGGACACGGGUGGCACUGUGGGUUAAACCACUGAGCCUAGGGCUUGCCGAUCAGAAGGUCAGCGGUUCGAAUCCCCGUGAUGGGGUGAGCUCCCGUUGCUGGGUCCCUGCUCCUGCCAACCUAGCAGUUCGAAAGCACGUCAAAGUGCAAGUAGAUCAAUAGGUACCACUCAGGCGGGAAGGUAAACGGCGUUUCCGUGCGCUGCUCUGGUUCGCUAGAAGCCGCUUAGUCAUGCUGGCCACAUGACCCGGAAGCUGUAUGCCGGCUCCUUCGGCCAAUAAAGCAAGAUGAGCACCGUAACCCCAGAGUCGGCCACGACUGGACCUAAUGGUCAGGGGUCCCUUUACCUUUACAUUUAAGGAGUCUCAAAGAGGCUAACAAUCUCCUUUCCCUUCCUCCCCCACAACAAACACUCUGAGGUGAGUGGGGCUGAGAGACUUCAGAGAAGUGUGACUAGCCCAAGGUCACCCAGCAGCUGCAUGUGGAGGAGCAGGGAAGCGAACCCAGUUCACCAGAUUACGAGCCCACCACUCUUAACCACUACACCACAUUGGAAAGGAUGGAAUGAUUUGUUGGCCCAAGUUGUGUGUUCCAGGUAUCCUCACUUUGAAGUGGCUGUUCACUGGGGCUCCUUGGUUUGCAUGGUGGAGACGGUGAGGCCUGGGCCUCCUCCAGAAACUACGAAGCGUACACCUUGCAAAAUACGACCCACAAUCCUUUGCAAGGUGCAGGAAUCCCCAGAGCAAAGGACUCAACCUGCAGAGGGUUUCCUGCCAGCAAAACGUUUUGAAACCACCAUCCGGCUGUGACGCAGCCGCUUGUUCCAUUUCCCACUCUGAAACCUGAAGACUUAGCACAGCAAUGUCUUUUUGCCUCUCCUUUCCAUACUUGCAAAACCCGUGGGGUGGAUGGGGGUGGGCGAGUGUGGGGACCCCCAGCCCACUCGUUCCAGAUACAUCUGCUCUGCUCUUCGGUUUCUGUCUCUUGUGCUUGAUUUCUCUGGAGGCACGGCAGGAGAACCUUGCAGCCCUGAGCCACGGCAGGCCUAACCGCAGGCCCAGCUCGGAAGUCCCUGGGCUGGCUGGUGCCUUUGUGAAUGGAGCAGAAGUCUUUUGCAAAGCAGCCUUUCAUUCAUAGGGAGGGCGGGGGCCCCUGCUUGCAAAGAGCUGCUUUGCCGCACAGCUUCCUCUUUGGAAGAGGCAGCAGCCCUGAGCUCCUUUUCGGUUACGGCACCGAAACUGUUUUGAUAUGGGGGUGGGUGGGAGUAGGCUGGGGAGUUGGUUGAAGCGGAGAUGCCCAACUUGGCUUUUUGACGAGCCUCUGAAACAUAAAGGUAAAGGGACCCCUGACCAUUAGGUCCAGUCGUGACCGACUCUGGGGUUGUGGUGCUCAUCUCGCUUUAUUGGCUGAGGGAGCCGGCGUACAGCUUCCAGGUCAUGUGGCCAGCAUGACUAAGCCGCUUCUGGCAAACCAGAGCAGCGCACGGAAACGCCGUUUUCCAUCCCGCUGGAGUGGUACCUAUUGAUCUACUUGCACUUUGACGUGCUUUUGAACUGCUAGGUUGGCAGGAGCAGGGACCGAGCAACGGGAGCUCACCCCGUCGCGGGGAUUCGAAACAUAGCUGUCAACUUUUCCCUUUUCUUGCGAGGAAUCCUAUUCGGAAUAAGGGAAUUUCCCUUAAAAAAGGGAAAACGUUGACAGCUAUGCUCUGAAACAGCUCUUGUGCAAAUACUCACCCGCAUUUCUCUAUUUAUUCCUUUCUGACUUCUGUUUAUUAAAAUGUUUAUAUCUUGCUUGCCUUUUGGCGGCCAAGCUGUCCCUUGCAGCUGCAGUUGGACUCCUUUUCCCAUCGUCCCUGACCAGGGGUUGUGUUGACUGGGACUGAUGGGAGUUGGAGUCCAACAGGGAUGGAGAGGAGGGGAAAAACCAGGCGCGGUUGAGAUUCUAAUGCGAACCUGCCUGAUUUGCACUUUCCGAAAGAGUCCGUAAACUGAAACUCUGCUGUCGCUCGAAAUUUGCACCUCUCCAGAUUUUGUGGUUUCUCCAAACAAAUAAGGCACACAAAGUGCAGUGGGCAUAAGAGGCAUAUAUUAGUGAAAAUAACAUAUAAAAAGGAGAGUGUUGGGGAAAGUUGCUUUGUACUCAAUGUGCCUUUGAGAGCAAGCAAGAAACGAGAGAUUGAAAGAGACUGAAAUUGACAGGUAUGCCUAUCCAUCAAACAGCUUCUGGAGGCCUCAGACUCCCCAGCUAUGCUCAAAAGCACAAGAGAAAAAAGUCUUGUCGGUUCAGUCUUUGUCUCUGAGGCAGGGGCUGAAUCCAAAAUGUAUUGCAUAGAAAGCUUGGUGUAUAGAAGGAGGCAGGUUGAAGCAAUAGAAAAGCACUCUUAUCACGCUCCAGAGCAUCCCUGGUUCUGCGGUACGCCUUUGAAAGUCUUUGCCUUGCCUUUGAAUCUGUAAACAGAUUUCAAAUUAAACAUUUUCUCUGUAAGAAGAGGUUGGCAUAGAGCACUUGGCAUAGAAGGGGUGGUGUAGAUGAGCAUUGGGCCAAAGCUUGGGAGAUCCUGGUUCAUAUCCUCAUUCAGACAAGGAGCUCAUUGUGUGACCUGGUCGUACUCUGCACCCCCAGCUACCCCACAGGGUUGCUGUGAGCGAGGGUUAAAAGGGGCUGCCAAGCUCCUUACGGAAAGGUUGGGUGUCAGUGUAAUAACUAGAGAUUAAGAAUAAAAUGAAUAAAUAAAUGCUAAUAGUUAAUAAUCAUAGCUGCCAACUUACAGAUUUGAAAAUAAGGGACCAGCAGCCUUGAAAAUAAGGGACCAGCAGCCAAAGUAAGGGACCUGCAGCCUCACCUGUUCCAGGCACUCCAGUCUUCCUGUCCUCCUGCAGUCUGGUCAAACUCACGCUGGUAGCUUCGAGAACACUGUCCACCCAACUUUGUAACCAGAGGUUCAACUGAAUAGAAUCUGAAUCACAUGCACCACAAGGCCUAUGCAGCCUCAACUUAAGAUGGCUCCCCGGCCUGGCUUUGCACUGCAAAGUUUGCAGCAGCACGUGCAACAAAAUGGUGUCCAGCAUUCAAAAACCCUCUCAGCUUGCAUUAACUAGCCACACACAAGGCAUGCAAGCUCCACCCCCCAGUCGUUCUUAGACUUCUUAUUGGGUGAGCAACACAGCCAAGCAACACAGGUGGAGCCUCCCUCCGCCCUGGCCGGCAGGGAGGGAGGGAGAGGAGCUGCUUCCUUUGAAAUUUAAGGGACAUCAUUUAAGGGACAUUUAAGGGACAUCCAUCAAUAAGGGACAGCAGCGGGACAUGGCUCUGGAAUAAGGGACUGUCCCUUCAAAUAAGGGACACUUGACAGCUAUGUUAAUAAUAGACUGGGCACACUGUAUUAAUACACUAAAGCCAGGGCUUCUUAGCGCAUUGUAUUUCUAAGAGUACUUUUCAGAAUUUUUUAAUUCCCGACCCCCCGGAAUUUAUUUCAUUGAGUGUCAAGUUAUCUAAAAAGAUGUGUGUUGGCAAGCCUGCUUGUUGCCAGAUAGGCGCUUCUCUGCAAAACUGGGCUUUUCUUACUGUUUUUGUGUCUUAGGAGCUAACUUCUAGGGGCUGACGUCCCUCCGCUCUCCCCCCCCCCAAAAUAUUUGGGCAUUGCCAUUCAAAUAGUGUGCAUGUACCACAUCUUGCGAUCGAUUAUGUGGGGGUGGAGUUUACCUGGCCUCCCACCCCAAUAUUUUAUUCCUCUUUAAUUUGUGUGAAAUGUGUGAAACUGCUCUUGAGUACCAACACUGAGGUUUUCUGGGCUAAGCCCCAGUUGAGUCACAGCCCUGAUUAAGCCUCCCUCCCCGCUCUUUAAAUUCGGAAACUCUGAGGUUUUUUAAAUUUUUCUUCGAAGGCUGUCUAGCAAGCAAGUGUUGGGGUUUCGUGCUGGUUUCUCUCUCCCCGCCCCCCCCCCCGCCCCCCGCUGAGGAGCAUUUUCCUCUCCAAGUUUUGCAAGAGGAGACAAGAUGUGUCAAAAUCUUUGUUUGUCAUUUAUUAAACCACAGCUUUUUUCCAUCAUUGGUCAUUUCCGGCUAAGACUUCAGAGCAGCUCAGCUACGCGUUUUGGCAUUAAUCACUAAAGCAUGAAGUGUUUCUCAUUUUGAAAACUCUGUUGCUGGGACAGUCAGGGUGUGCAAAAGGAGAUGGGCUCUUUGAAGAGAAGACCACAGUGCAAGGAGCACCCCCUCCCCUUCCUUAUUAAAAUACAGAUUUCCAAGUUAUAUAAAAAGCUGCUAGCGCUGCGUGUUGGUGUGGCGAUCUUAUUUUUUGAACAUCCCACCCUGGUGCGCAAAUGAGCAUUAAAAGGUUGUGUAAUCUAUUGACAGUUAGUUUAAUAACAUGAAGUUAUGGAAAGUUCUUGUUUUCAGUAUGGGCUCGGUUUUUUUCUUAGCAUGUUUCCAAAAUGGCAGGCAGGAAGGCCUGGUGCCAGCUUGCUCAGAGGGCAGCAUGCCAGGAAGAAUGUUCUGCUGUUGCACUGGACUUGUGGCCUAACACAACAAAGGGUGCUGCCGGGGAGAAGAUGAUGUCAACAGCGCAAGGUAGCAGCAGCUGACAGGCUUAUGUUUUGCUCGCAAGGCCGCUUCUGAACAGGAACAAUCUAUGAGCGCUGGGCAUCAUCAGUAGCCUUCAAGGUUGGAAAUUAUUCCAAACCUUUCAAUUCCUGAUUGAAUUGGAAGACUUGUUGUUGUUGUUUAGUCAUGUCCGACUCUUCGUGACCCCAUGGACCAGAGCACGCCAGGCCUUCCUGUCUUCCACUGCCUCCCACAGUUUGGUCAAACUCAUGCUGCUGACUUCGAGAACACUGUCCCACCAUCUCGUCCUCUGUCGUCCCCUUCUCCUUGUGCCCUCCAUCUUUUACAACAUCAGGGUCUUUUCCAGGGAGUCUUCUCUUCUCAUGAGGUGGCCAAAGUAUUGGAGCCUCAGCUUCAGGAUCUGUCCUUCCAGUGAGCACUCAGGGCUGAUUUCCUUCAGAAUGGAGAGGUUUGAUCUUCUUGCCGUCUAUGGGUAUUGGAGCCUCAGCUUCAGGAUCUGAUUGGCUUUGUCCAUGGAGUUUCCUUGGCAGGGAUACUGGAGUGGCUUGCUGGUUCCUGCUCCAGGUGGAUCACGUUUGGUCAAAACUCUCCACUAUGACCUGUCCAUCUUGGGUGGCCCUGCAAGGCAUAGCUCAUAGCUUCUCUGAGUUAUUCAAGCCCCUUCGCCAUGGCAAGGCAGUGAUCCAUGAAGGGGCUGGAAGACUUAGGUAAAGGUAAAUGCAGGUAGGAGUCAAUUGCAAAUCACUGCGCUGUUCGUUCAUUAGGGGAGACCCAGGGGUUUGGGGGGGGGGGUUGUCAGCAGUUACAACACUUCUCAGGUGGGCUGAUCCCAGGGAAGAAAUCAGCUGUGAGGGCCCGAUCCAGAUUGGAGCUGGCGCUGUUGGGGAACAACAACCAGCACAUGGGAUUGCAGCCUUGUACACUUGCUCACAAAGACAAAUCUGUUUCACAAACAUCUCUUGUUCUGCAGCAAUUUCUACCAGAGGACAUCUAGUCCUAUUUUUAGAUAAGAUGCAAUACAGAAAGAAAGGAAAGAGAACGAACUCCCUGACUCCUUUUGUUUAGCCUUGCCAGAGAGCAGGGAGGGCUGUCUGUUGGUAGCAAGGUUUCCUGGAAUAAAUAAGUUGUUAUUGCUAUGAAUUUAUUGUUAUUAUUCAUCACCCGUUUCACAAAAAAACAACACAUGGGGAUGCUUAUGUUAAAAAGUCAACGGUAUGUAGCCUCCAAACAACAAAAUCAAAUAGAACCAGUUGCGACUUACUCCUGAAGUUAAAUAAAACAAAAGAGAUUAUUGUGGACUUUAGGAAAUGUAAAUUGAAUAUUCAGCCACUUAUUAUUGAGGGGAAGUGUGUGGGACAGGUCUCGGUGUUUUGAUUUCUGGGAAUGGAGUUGAGAGAUGACCUAACCUGGGGAGAAAACGGCAAAGACCUAAUGAAGAGAGCACAGCAAAGGUUAUAUUUUCUGAGAAUCCUCUGGAAAAAUAAUCUCUCAAAGGACUUGUUGAUGGCAUUUUACCAUUGUACUGUGGAGAGUGUAUUAACUUAUAGUCUGUGUGUGUGGUUUGGGAGCUGCAAUGUCAGGGAAAAAACAUUGCUGUCCAGGGUUGUAAAGACUGCGGAGAGAAUAAUUGGGUGCGCUCUUCCCACCUUGGAUCAAAUCUAUGCUGCCAGGUGCCAUAAGAAGACUGCAGAGAUAGCGCAGGAUAGUGCACACCCCAGAAAUGAUCUCUUUCAGCUUCUGCCUUCUGGAAGAAGGUACAGGGUUAUAAAGACUAGGACUAGCCGCCUGAGAAACAGUUUCUAUCCAAAUGCGAUUUUGGUUUUAAACACAGCGUAAGGUAGUCUUAUAUUGUAUUCAAUUAUGGGGUAUCAGAGUUUUUAGGGGCUAACCAGGCUGCAUAGCUGGGAUAGCAGGCUUGUGGGUUUUUGAAUGCCUGAUGUAGAUUUUUUCAAUUUCGUUGUUCUGUAUGGGACAAUGACAAUAAAGAUUAUCGUAUUGUAUCGUAUCGUAUUUGUGAUUCCAAAAGGGCCUAUUUUAAUGAACCAUAUUCUCCGCCUGUGUGUGCGGUUGUGUGUAGAGGGGGGAAUUUUCCCUCUCUUCGGGGGACUGUUCUCCACCCAGGAAGGACUACGAUGCAGAAGGCCUUGCUCUGGAUUGACCCCCACCUCCCGGCUUGUCUCUGGUCAGACCUCACCUGGAGUACUGUGUCCAGUUCUGGGCACCACAGUUCAAGAAGGACACUGACAAACUGGAACGUGUCCAGAGGAGGGCAACCAAAAUGGGCAAAGGCCUGGAAACGAUGCCUUAUGAGGAACGGCUAAGGGAGCUGGGCAUGUUUAGCCUGGAGAAGAGGAGGUUAAGGGGUGAUAUGAUAGCCAUGUUCAAAUAUAUAAAAGGAUGUCACAUAGAGGAGGGAGAAAGGUUGUUUUCUGCUGCUCCAGAGAAGCGGACACGGAGCAAUGGAUCCAAACUACAAGAAAGAAGAUUCCACCUAAACAUUAGGAAGAACUUCCUGACAGUAAGAGCUGUUCAACAGUGGAAUUUGCUGCCAAGGAGUGUGGUGGAGUCUCCUUCUUUGGAGGUCUUUAAGCAGAGGCUUGACAACCAUAUGUCAGGAGUGCUCUGAUGGUGUUUCCUGCUUGGCAGGGGGUUGGACUCGAUGGCCCUUGUGGUCUCUUCCACUCUAUGAUUCUAUGAUUCUUUUGGGUAUACUGAGCUACAGGGCCGGCCCUACCCAUGAGGCAAGGUGAGGCAACCGCCUCAGGUGGCAGGAUCCACAGGGGCAGCAGAUCUCAAUGUAGAUCUUUAUCCCCUCCCCCUUUCGAGAUGUACAUCCUCACUCACCCUUUCUUCCCUGGUGGGAAGUGGAGGCACUGUUUUGUGGUUUGCAUCAGGCACCAAAAAUUGCAUCAGGUUGUCUCUGCUGAGGUAGAAUGAAAGUCCUGAAUCAGCUCAUUCGGAGGAGCUGCAGUUACUUCCUGAGGGUGUUUACACUCUCCCACAAUUUAAGACUUGGGAAAACGUAUUUGGACUCUGGUUAUAAACAGCAAAGGAGCUGAGCUACAAAAUGGGGGACACCCCCCCCUCCGCAACCUGAAUCUCGCUUGGGCCCGGAACCCGCCAGUAAAGUAAGAUUCUAGUCCGCAUGACUGUGAAUGAAGGGUUUCAGAAGAAAUCUGAAAGCAGAACAAAGGUCUGUUAGUGACCAUUUAGCAGGCCUGCUAUAUAAAGAGAAAAAUCUUAGUCAAUUAAUUGCAUGCAUAUCUGCACAUGGGAAAGCAACAAAUGGUCUAAAGGGAAAAGGCAGACCUGUGUUUUGUUUUGGAUCGCUUUAGAAGAGGCCACCUCCCUCGCCCUCUCUCACACCAGAGAAAAGCCCUAUACCUUGAUUAUUGCCUGCAGGGCCUUGUCUGUGGCAGCCCCUAAGCUGUGGAACUCAGGUGCGUUGGUGGUCUUCGCUGUACAGCUUUCAGUGAAUGCAGGCCUUUUUCCAUCUGAGAUGUGAGUUUUCAGGGCCCAUCCCCGUUCCUGUGAAUGUCAUAUGCUUUAAGUGUUUUUAAUUCUGAAUUUUGAGUUGCUGUCACAUGUCCCCCCCCUGGACCUGCCAGUGAAGGGAGGGAAUGGGGACUGCACCCAAUCUUAUGUGGCUGCUCACAUUGGUGAAGAAUAGAUUAGAGAGACCUGUUUCUCCAGUCUGCAAAAACCUGAACCUAUUAGCAGAAGGAAGUUUCAAAUCCCCUGUCUCCCUCUAAAUUUCUCUCUCUCUCUCUCUCUCUCUCUCUCUCCACCCCCCCCCCCCUUUUUUGGAGUUAUUGGGUUUUUUUGCCGCCUCAGCAGGUUUUCUCAUCUGGCUAAUGCAGAGAGUUUCUCUUCCGCUUGCGCGAUGGGCUGCUAACGCAGUCUAAUUUGGGGAACGAGCUCUCUUGAGAUCUUCCUCUUUGACUUCCUGCAGGGCUUGCAUGUCUUUGUUCGUUUGGGCCGGAGAGCGCAUGAAUGUGCUCCCGUCUGUUUCCUGCCUUCUCGUGCUCGGUGCCAGCCGCGCAUUUGGCAAGGACGUCAAGGGGAAGUGAGGUGUGGGGGGAAGGAGGACAGGAAGGGAGUGGGGCGGGGGUCCGUGCCCAGGGAGGUCCCUGCUAACAAAUAAAAUCUGCACUCACAAUAAAUCCUAUCAAGCCCAUAAUGGUUAGUAUUGCUCAUGUUGCGCCUCUCUUUUGUGGGGGCAGAUCUGGUCACCUGGAGGCAAAGUUUGCGCUCUGUGUGGGGCUUCAGAAGUUGCAGAACGCUGCAGCACGAUUGCUGACAGGUGCACAUAGAACACCUGUGCUCAGAGAUGUGCUAUGGUUUCCCGUUUGGUACCAGGCCAAGUUCAAGGUAUAUGAAAAGGCCUUAAAACCUUGGGACCAGUUAACUUGCAAGAUAGCUUGACCCUAUGUUUGUCCACUUGACUGCUUCGACCUGUGAAUCUAGCCCUGUUGCACAUUUGUUAAGAAACAGAUAUUUUAUUGUUGCAGCAACUACCGUAUUUUUUGCUCUAUAAGACGCACCUAGUUUUUGGAGGAGGAAAACAAGAAAAAAAACAUUCUGAAUCUCAGAAGCCAGAACAGCAAGAGGGAUCACUGCGCAGUGAAAGCAGCAAUCCCUCUUGCUGUUCUGGCUUCUGGGAUGGCUGCGCAGCCUGCAUUCGCUCCAUAAGACGCACACACAUUUCCCCUUACUUUUUAGGAGGGAAAAAGUGAGUCUUAUAGAGCAAAAAAUACGGUACUUUGGAACUCCCUGCCUAUUGACACCAGGCCUUUGAUGUACUGUUUUCAGUGCCUGCUAAAAACAUGUUUCUUUAGACAAGCCUACCCGAGUGUGUAGAAUGUUGAUACGUAUUUAGCUUAUUGGUUAUUUUAAAAAGUCUGUUUGAAUAUUUAAAUAGCUGUUUUUACUGAAACUUUUAUUGUUUUAUUAGUUUUGUAAAAUGCUUCGAGGGAUUUUUUUUGGUAAUUAAGCAGUAGAUAAAUGUUACGAAAAUAAAUAAAUAAAUAGGCAAUUGGUUAUUUACAGUUUGAACGUCACACACACACAAACACACACACACACUCCUGCAAAGUAUCUGCUUUUUGCAUGCAUCUCAACCCUGUGGCCUGUGCUUAGGAUGGUACCGCCAGGCAUUGGAACUAUGAAAGUGGGGAAAGCUCAGCAAUGGAAUGCUAAUAAAUUUUGCUUUUGUGAAUCAUCUAAAUAUGGUAAUUUUAUUUUUAUUAAAGAAGGCCUCUACGUCUUCAUAGGGAACUUCUUCUGGGUUAAUAUAUAAUUCCAAGUAGAAUUUUUAAAAAAUGAUUUUUGAAGUUUUGUAAACAUCACCUCUAUCUCCUCUAGUAAGUGGGAUUGCUGACUUGUCUUUCUUUAGACGAUUAGUCAAAAUCUUUCCUGGUCUUUCACCAUUCUCCCAGUAUCUCUGUCUUACACAAGUGAGUUUAAGCUCUAUUUGAUGAGCUAAUACGUUAUGUAAUCCAAAUUUCCUUUUUUUUUUUUUAUUUCCUUGUACAAUAUACUGGUAGGAUUCCUAAUCACUUGUGCCCUUAAGUUAGCAACGGGAUGUUGACAAGCAGCGCAACUUCUGUGAGGAGCAUGUGGCGUUUGUGCCUGGCGCUCAAAGGGCUGUGUGCGUCCCUUGCACUAAAUAAAAAACAGCUCCCUGUAAAGGGCUUUUAUUGCAACACCACAACAUGCCUGCAAACAGCAUUUCUAACCACAUUUACAGCUUUGGGGCUGAGGCAGUCCUCCUGCGCCUGAGCCCAACACAUAGGCAAAACACCUCUUGAAGCCUUCGGUCUUGGGGUUCUCUACUUGCACACCCAUGUGCCUGUGCCAAUAUGACUUUUGGCUCAUGCAAAGAACCCAAGUAACAGCUAGGACGCGGGUGGCGCUGUGGGUUAAACCACAGAGCCUAGGACUUGCCGAUCAGAAGGUUGGCGGUUCGAAUCCCCGUGAUGGGGUGAGCUCCUGUUGCUCAGUCCCUGCUCCUGCCAACCUAGCAGUUCAAAAGCAGUCAAAGUGCAAGUAGAUAAAUAGGUACCACUCCGGCCAGAAGGUAAACAGCGUUUCCAUGCGCUGCUCUGGUUCGCCAGAAGCGGCUUAGUCAUGCUGGCCACAUGACUCAGAAGCUGUACGCCGGCUCCCUUGGCCAAUAAAGCGAGAUGAGCACCGCAACCUCAGAGUCGGUCACGACUGGACCGAAUGGUCAGGGGUCCCUUUACCUUUAACAGCUAGGAGAACCUUGCAGAGCCUUGCUUGCCCUUUGCACCAGGGAUGAGGGGGGUUAAAGAGCCCUUUGCUUUCAGCCAAGGGGUGUGUGUCCUGCCUCCAGUUUCAAAGACACUUUGAAUACCAUUUGCUGGGAAUCACAAAUGCGGACAGACAGGAUGUUUACAUCCUGCUUGCAGACAUCCCAAAGGCUGGUGGCCAAUGGGUUUUGGGGUAGAUGGGCCCCCUUUGGUCAGAUCCAGCAUCAAGUCUCAUAUCUCCGCAUGAUAUUGUGGCUGUGUGUGGAAGGGGCCUUUGGGACUAAGGGCUCUGCUUUGGGAGCACACAAAUAGGGAAGCCUUUUUGGGCUGGGUAUGGCCCUAAGGCCGCCGGCUGCCGACUCCUAAAAGUGGGCUUCUUCGACUGUAAACAACAACAAACCCUGUCAAUAUUGUGGUUGCUUCCCCCACCCCUUCCCCUUCUACCCUCACACACAAUGAGUUAUUUCUUUAAUUCCUGCCCUUGAGGUUAACUCUCGGGGCGGAUUUUGUCUCUUUCUGUCAAAUCUUCUCCCCAAAACCAGUUUUGUUUUGAAGGAACCGAGAGUGAAUCGCGGCACCAGAUUCCGCCUGACAGGGACCAGCCCCUCGGUCCUCAAUCAAAAUGAAAAUGUGUGGUUAGGCACCUUCUUCUUCUUUUCAUUCAAGGCUUUUUAGUAACGAAAUACUUUGCUUGUCGUUCAAUCCAGCUUGAAAGCAGGAACAACCCCCCCCCUUCCCCCCAUGCACACCCUACACGUCCUUUAAGUUAUUUGUUCUGUUUUCUUAUCAGAGCAAUGAUGGGGGUUUCUCAUCUUCUCCCUGGCUUUUGCCAACAUAUUUUUAAUGCCUCCAAUCGGCAUCUUUCCUUCAAUGUGUUCGUCUUCAUAAGAAAUGCAUGUUUAGUGGCCCUGGGGGGGGGCAGGGGAGGGAGGCUGCCUCCCCACCAAAAAUUACUUCUUACUCUAUUUUGUUGCUAAACAGCUGUUUGCUAUUUCAACAAGGAAGCUUUUGUGACUGGAUGGAGCCUCAUCUGAGGCCAGUGUUUUUUAUCCACUGAGGGAAAGCCCGUGGCCACGAUCCAAGAGACCCCCUUCCUGCCUGCACACAGAUUUCCUGUCAGCAUUUGGGUCUUCCUGGGGAUUUUGUUUCCUUCCAGCGCAAAAAAAGCAUCUCAAAACUGUGUCAAGAAGUCCCCCUUGCAAUUUUUUUGAGGGGGUGGAGGGGCGGUGGAGGAAGGUAGACAGCUUGCCUAGUGGUUACUAGGUCAGUUCACACAACAGUUUGCAGAUCAGCCUGAUAAAUGAGGGGACCCUUCAUUUUUCAUUGCCUUUUAAAAUUAACCCAUUCAAUAAACACACAAGAUGUAAUAUGCUUCACGUAACCAGAGGUUUGUUGUCGUUUUGCGCAUUUUAAAAUUAACCCAGCAAACAUAGUUCCAUUUAAGCAUGUGAAAAGUCUAACCUGUAAAUGUUUUCUUCAAAACUAAAAAGGAAAAACGUAGCAGAUCAUUGUGUUCGAAGCACUUCAUCAUAGCUGUCAACCUUUCCCUUUUCUUGCGAGGAAUCCUAUUCGGAAUAAGGAAAUUUCCCUUAAAAAAAGGGGAACAUUGACAGCUAUGCACUUCAUGUUUGUUAUAUAGAUAAGAAUAACAACAAUAGCUUAACUUAAAAGAGAUUAUUAUUAUUAUUAUUAUUAUUAUUAUUAUUAUUAUUGAAGCCUGAAGUCAGUGCAAUUCCCAACCCCUCUACACUCUAAUGGAGCCUGCCUCUGUGAUUUGAAAAGAGUCUGGGAUCUGCCAUUUAAAUUGGGAGUGACAAUUGUGGCAUUGUGCAAUAUCUAAAAUGCUGGCUGCUGGACUCAGCAGCAAGGACAGGACCCACAAGAAGGCACCUUGUCCAGGUGCCCCUCAAAACCAGCACUGCUCACAUUUCAGGUUUCGGAGGAAGGGAGCUGAGAGAGUCCAGUCUCUGCUUCUCAUUUUGUAUUGUAUUAUGUUGUGCACUGUGGUUUGCUGUUGUUUUAUUGAUUGGAGUUUAGAAAUUACUGUGGAUUUCUGUUUAAUUUUGAAAUGCUGAUAUUUAAUAUUAUUCUAUAUUUUAAUGAAUGUUGAAUGUUAUUUUAUUUGCAUAUUGUAUAUUGUAUUAUGCAUAUUGUCUUAUUUAUAUGAUGUUAGCCGCUCUGAGCCCGGCUUUGGCUGGGGAGAGCGGGAUACAAAUAAAAUUUAUUUAUUUAUUAUAUUUAUGGUAGCCCCAGAGUUCCUUGGGAACCAUUCUGCCUAUCCCAUCUUUUCUCCAAAGAGCUCAAGGCUACUAGAGGGUUGUGUUUUUUGGGUGGGGGGUUAGCAGGGGGCAACAAGAAGCUUAUCAGUGGCUACUGGCUAUGAUGCCUCUACUCUGCCUUCACGGCUACAGGCAGCCGUGCUUCUGAAUAUCAGUUCCUGUAAACCACAAAAAGGGUGAGGGCUCUUGUCCUCGCUUCCUCCUUGUGGGUUUCUCAUGGGUAUCUGGUUGGGCAUUGUUGAGAACAGGAUGCCGCACUAGGUGGGCCACUGGCCUGAUCCGGAAGGCUGUUCUUACGGUCUUAUCAGCCCCAGCUCCGUAUGGUCGUGCUGGCUGAGGCUGAUGGGAGUUGUAGUCCGCAAUAGCGAUUCCAAGCUUUUGAGAGGAAAAGAUGGCCGCUGUGACUUUCCUGCGGCCUUGCAAUCUCGCUUCCAGCUGUGACCGCAUACCCUCCAACAUUCCUCCGAUGAAAAUUGGGGCGUCGUGAGGGAAAGUGGGACAAUCCGGGAUCAAAUCAGAAACUGGGACGGUUUCUGUCAAUCCGGGACUGUCCUUGGGAAAUAAGGACACUUGGAGUGUCUGCUUUAAUGUGACUUUGCAGUCUCGCUUCCCGUUGCAAGUGUAGAUCUGCCACUUGGUCAAAGCCUGACUUUGCUAGCUCUCUUGGGAUAUGUGUGGUUUUGGGAGGCAGUAGUUGCUGGGGGUUUUUUUCUAUUGAGACCUGUAGCUUCCCCUUGAUCCUGACCAGAAUGGAUCCCUAUUUAAUAACCAUAAUAAUAAGAGUAAUGUCAGCCAAACCUGCUAUCAUAUGCUUCCCACCCCCCUGAGAAAUCCUUGUGACAGAUAUUCAAAGCACAAAAAGAAGUGCUGUGUUCUUGUUUUUUAUUUUAAAAAAAAAUCUGUACUUAAAUACAGUGGUAACUUGAUUCUCGAACUUAAUCCAUUCCAGGAGUCCAUUAGACUCCCGAAACGGUUCGAAAACCAAGGCGCGGCUUCCGAUUGGCUGCAGGAGCUUCCUGCAGCCAAUAGGAAGCCGCGCUGGAUGUUCAGCUUCCGAAAAAUGUUCGCAAACCAAAACACUCACUUCUGGGUUUGCGGCGUUCAGGAGCCGAUUUGUUCAGGAGCCAAGCCGUUCGAGUACCAAGGUACCACUGUAAAUGAAUAGUAUUCUGUAGUAGGAUGAACUGAAUUCUGAGAUGUGUACGAAAUCAUGCUGAGCAGAAACUCGCGUGAUUCAUUCGCAAUGAAUACACAGAACAUACUCUGUGCCAGCUGAGGGGAAGGGCAGGGGAAGAUGCGGUAGUCAAAGUCUCUCACUGUUUCUUAGCUUUGACUACCAUCUACUGCUUGCCGGGUACAAGACUGCAUCCAUGAGGACUGGGAUCUUUCUUUGGUUCAAAACGAGGUGCUGAGGAAGCUGGAUCCCACAUCAUCCACCUAUUCUGUGCUGCCUCUGAACCCACAUUUAUUUAAUAUUCUGAAAUGCUUUUAAGCCACCCUUUUGCCAAAUAUUGCAAUAGUGUACCAUGUAAGUUGUUUUUCACUGUUUGUAACAUUUAAUUGCUCUGACCUACCCUGGAACCUUAAGGCGAGAGGCAGGUAAUAAAUUUAAAUAAUAAUAUUUAAUCAUAAUCAUGGAAUGGGGGGAGGGAGGCCUCCGGACAACCCUCUUUUUCACAUUGGGCAAUUGGUCACAGCAUAUUCACAAAUUCAUGGAGGAGAGGCCAAUUGAUGGCUUCUAGCCACAAGGGCUAUGCUCUCAGCCUCCAUGGUUUGAAAAAACUGUGGGAGCAUUGUUAGAUCAUUAACUCUCCAGUAAUCACCACUCAGCCAUGAUGUCCGUUGAGUGACCCUUCACCGGUCACAGCCUCUCAGCCCUAACUCACCUCACAGGGUUGUUGUCAGGAUGAGAUCGAAAGUGUAGAGAACCACCUUUAGCUCCUUGGGAGGAAAGGUGAGUUAGAAAUGUAAUGGCAAGAAGCAGAUAGUAAUAUCUCUUCGCUUGCAAAUGACCUUUGAGCUGUCCAAGUCUUCCCUAAACUGAAAACAUUUCAUGGUAAUCUUUUUCUUCUUCUUAUAUAAAUACGUCAGGUUGAGCAAACUUCUCCUGGAGCAAUCCACAGUAGCUGUACUAGUAUCAAACCCAUUUUAUUUAUUUAAAACAUUUAAAUCUCACCUUUUCCUCCAAGAAUCUCAAGAUAAUGUACAUGGAUCCCCCUUACAUUCCAGUCAACCUCUCCUGGCACACUCUAAAAACGCUGGUCAUCUUGGUUGUGAUGUUCCAGGGCGAAUUAAGCCACAGAUGAAGAGGACUAAAAGCUUGGCGCAGCUUAAUUGUGUAGCGUGCUAUAUCUUAGAAGCACUUCCAGAGUAGUUAGAGGCGACAUUAUCACAGUGAAUUUUAUGGUAACUGAACUGGUCUCCCUUCAUUUCUUUCAUUAGUUCAUCACCAGAAGAGCCUAGACUACUUUCUGCCCACUUUUCUUUUUCGAGAGGUGUGCUAUCCUGAACUUUUUAUCGAUAUUCCCAGGGCCAGAUUUAGGUUUGAUGAGGCCCUAAGCCACUGAAGGUAAUGGGGCCCUUUAUAUGUCCAGCUGUCCUUUGUCAGCAACAAAAUGUCACUGUUUUUUUGUGUUGAAUAUAUGCUAUAUGGUCAUUUAUGGACCUAAAAAGGUAAAGGGACCCCUGAGCAUUAGGUCCAGUCGUGACCGACUCUGGGGUUGCGGCGCUCAUCUCGCUUUAUAGGCCGAGGGAGCCGGUGUACAGCUUCCGGGUCAUGUGGCCAGCAUGACUAAGCCGCUUCUGGCGAACCAGACCAGCGCACGGAAACGCUGUUUUACCUUCCCGCCGGAGCGGUACCUAUUUAUCUACUUGCACUUUGAGGUGCUUUCGAACUGCUAGGCUGGCAGGAGCUGGGACCGAGGAACGGGAGCUCACCCCGUCGCGGGGAUUCGAACCACCAACCUUCCGAUCGACAAGCCCAAGAGGCUGUGGUUUAGACCACAGCGCCACCGUAAGCUCUUUGGGGCAGGGACCUGCUCUCUUGUUCAGUGGUACGUCUGGAUGCGAACGGGAUCCGUUCCGGAGCCCCGUUCGCAUCCCGAAGUGAACGCAACCUUCUGAUCAGCAAGUCCUAGGCUCUGUGGUUUAACCCACAGCACCACCCGCGUCCCAAUUUAUGGACCUAAUAGGUAUCUAAAGCCAUUUGCACACAACAAAAUAUGUAUUUUAUCAAAGUAAUUGUUAACUGAAAUACAAUUAAGAAGAAGUAUAUUAACAGUGAAAUUUGGGGGGGGGGGUUAGGAGAGUGGGGCCCUAAGCUAUAGCUUGUUUAGCUUAUACACAAAUCCGGCACUGGGUAUUCUGAUCUUCUUUAUUUAGAUAUUAUGCCACUGACUCCAAGGUUGUUGCUAACUUCGCAGGCCUGCUGUUGUUGUAGCCAUCCCAUUAUGUUUGGCAUUUAUAGGUACUGUACAUACUUUCCAAAGUGUGUAAUGAAGGAUGCAUAAUUCACUUAUAUAUUCCCCGCCACUCAACGUGAUCUUAGGGAUGUUUUUACCGUUUCAUACCAGUUUGUUUCUUUCGAUGUUUUGUCUGUACAGUGGUACCUCGGGUUAAGUACUUAAUUUGUUCCGGAGGUCCGUUCCUAACCUGAAACCGUUCUUAACCUGAGGUACCACUUUAGCUAACUGCCGCCGCACGAUUUUCUGUUCUCAUCCUGAGGUAAAGUUCUUAACCCGAGUUACUACUUCCGGGUUAGCGGAGUCUGUAACCCGAAGUGUUUGUAACCCGAGGUACCACUGUAAUUGGAAAGAACGGCCUUGGAGACUGGCACGUGAGGGCAGUUUGUGCCACUCCUGGAUUUUUGAGGCUUGGACAUAUCAGCCUCUUUCAUCUUCCUGAAAAGUCCUUGAGUGGGGGCACAUUACAGUGGUACCUCGGGUUACAUACGCUUCAGGUUACAUACGCUUCAGGUUACAGACUCCGCUAACCCAGAAAUAUUACCUCAGGUUAAGAACUUUGCUUCAGGAUGAGAACAGAAAUCGUGCAGCGGCGGCGGGAGGCUCCAUUAGCUAAAGUGGUGCUUCAGGUUAAGAACAGUUUCAGGUUAAGAACGGACCUCCGGAACGAAUUAAGUACUUAACCCGAGGUAGCACUGUAUUUGGAAAUGUCCCUUUCUUGCUGUGGCUCCAAAUCUCACCCAUCCUCUGCAUACUGUCCCUUGCAUGCCUUUUGCAGUGGCUGGUGGAGACUUCUUCGAAGACCGGACUUUGCUGGCCUCCUUAUCGCAGGAAUGUAUCACUUCCUCUUUUAGUUUCUUCAUUUUCUUUCUUUCUCUUAAUUUAUGCCCUGGUCUCUCCCCCCCCUCCUCCCCCACCCCUCUGUGUUCUCAGUUCUAGGCAGCUCUGAGGUUGCUUUUUCUCUGAAUUGCUGCUUCUUAGAACUUCUUCCUUUUCUGUGCUCCCCAGAGAGCACGUGGCGGAACAGUGGCUUCUGAGAUGGAAGGGCGAUGCUCCCUAGUGGGUGGGGACAUGCUUUGGGAUUCACAUGGCCAUGAUUCUGUCUCCCUCUCUGGACCCAGAGAGGUGCAGAGAGGGACCUCUCUGCUGCUCCAGAGGGACCUCUCUGCUGCUCCAGAGAAGCGGACACGGAGCAAUGGAUCCAAACUACAAGAAAGAAGAUUCCACCUAAACAUUAGGAAGAACUUCCUGAACAGUAAGAGCUGUUCGACAGUGGAAUUUGCUGCCAAGGAGUGUGGUGGAGUCUCCUUCUUUGGAGGUCUUUAAGCAGAGGCUUGACAACCAUAUGUCAGGAGUGCUCUGAUGGUGUUUCCUGCUUGGCAGGGGGUUGGACUCGAUGGCCCUUGUGGUCUCUUCCAACUCUAUGAUUCUAUGAUUCUACCCCCAAUUUUUUGUUUUUAAUGUCAUUGGAUUUUCACAUAGAUGUUUAAACCAGUAUACCAUAUUAUGGUCACCCUGUAAACUUUAGCGGAAGCCAUUUCUGGCAAGGCCUUUGCAUGCAAAAGGUCCCGAGCUCAGUCAUAUUCAUGUUUCCUUCUAGAUUUCCUUGCUGGCUGCUGGCAUAUCAUUCCCAGUGUCCUCUCAGGGUUGCUUUCACGCAGACUCUUCCGCGUGAGACUUCUAAGAGGUGCCUGAUAAAGAGUUUCUUUUUGUCGUUCCUGGCCACGAGGUCUGCUUCCUCCUGAGAUGAGAAGGACUGAUAAAUGCUCAUGGGUAGAACAUCUGAAGGCAGCCCUGUAUCGGGAACUUUUUAAUGUUUGAUGUUUUGCUGUGUUUUUAUAUUAUGUUGGAAGCUGCCCAGAGUGACUGGGACAACCCAGUCAGAUGGGCAGGAUAUGUUGUUGUUGCUGCUGUUGUUGUUGUUAUCUCCAGUUAGCAGGUACAGUGGUACCUCGGGUUAAGCACUUAAUUCGUUCUGGAGGUCCGUUCUUAACCUGAAACUGUUCUUAACCUGAAGCACCACUUUAGCCAAUGGGGCCUCCUGCUGCUGCUGCUGCUGCUGCGCCGCCGGAGCACGAUUUCUGUUGCAGCCUACACUUGGCCCUUGGCAGACCAGCCGUCAUGCUCCAAAACCCAUUCAUGCUCAUGCUCUGGCUUACAGUGGUACCUCGGGUUAAGUACUUAAUUCGUUCCGGAGGUUCGUUCUUAACCUGAAACUGUACUUAACCUGAAGCACCACUUUAGCUAAUGGGGCCUCCUGCUGGAGGCACGAUUUCUGUUCUCAUCCUGAAGCAAAGUUCUUAACCUGAAGCACUAUUUCUGGGUUAGCGGAGUGUGUAACCUGAAGCCUAUGUAACCCGAGGUACCACUGUAUUGAGAAAGGCCUCUGUUUCUGCAAGAGACCCUUGAGAGCCGCUGACAGAGGAAGGAGGUUCUGCCUUUGUUCCAGAAAAGUCUCGGAGGCAAAGGAGGGAAAUAUGGGUUUGGGGCAGGGUUUGAGAUGUGAUGGUUGGUGGGGGGCAGUUUGUUGGGGGUAUGGGCAAGACUAGAACAUCAGGCUGCCUUAGGCCUAUAGCAGGUUCUUCUAUGUCCCCAGCUGGGCUCCGUGUGUGUUGAACCAAAGGUGAACUGUCCCAGAAAUUCCGCUCACGCCAUCUUGGCAGCGAAGAUAACCUUACAACAAAUUGGUAGUUGUUGUAGCUGCAAUGAGCUCAGGCCUGCUUACAUUCAGUUGCUUGGAUAUAAGCUAACUGGCUUGCUUUGAUGUUGUCCUUAUCUGUGGGCUCAGGAUGCUGGCCUCUAAGCCCAGAAAGGGGAGCUAUCUGUAAUAACUGGGUAUUUGCCACCUAUGCCCUCCUUUGGGCAGGUGGAGCGAUGGGAGGUCCUGGGCAGUGUGACGCAUGUAUAAAGAAUAUGUGCAAUUUUGCUUCCUUGCUGCGGUGUCCGUAUUGCAUCUCUGCAAGAGAAGGCUAGGCCUGGCAGCCUGAUUUGCUGCAAGAAUAAAGCAUUAGAACUGGCCGUUCUGACGCCUUUGGUAUCCCUGCACCCAACGACUCCCACAAGCCCUCUGCAGGGUCUGUGGUUCAAAUCACCAUAGGGUCCCAUGCCUGAAGAGGUCUCCUGCUUGCCUGCUUGGGCUUCUGGGACCCUUCUUCGUGCAAGGCACGAACUGCUAAACAGGCCUUCCUCUGAGCAAUCCGUACAGGCAACUGAAACAGCUGUGCUCUUCUUAACCACAGCAGCUAUUCUUAACGCAACCCAGUCCUAGUUCCCAGCAGCAGGCGGAGGAGAAGAGUGGGGUGUAGAAUUUUGGGUCUGCCCUAGAUGAAGAAACAGAGUUGUGAACGGUACUCAGGAGCCCCAGAAGAGCCAUCAGUAUUUAGAGUGUUAGGCUAGGAUUGGGGUGACCCAAGUUGCCCACUUGGCCAUAGAAGCUUACCGGGUAAUCUUGGGCCAGCCUAACCUACCUUGUUGUUAGGAUAUAAAUGGAAGAACCCUUGCUCUUCUUUCCUUGAAGGAAAGGUGUGGUGGAUGCAUACUUAGCUGAUAAGAUAAAACUUUAUUCACAUUAGCCAAUGGCCAUAGCAACAGUAAAACAUUACAGUACAGUGGUACCUCGGGUUACAUACGCUUCAGGUUACAGACUCCGCUAACCCAGAAAUAUUUCCUCAGGUUAAGAACUUUGCUUCAGGAUGAGAACAGAAAUCGUGCUCCGGCGGCGCAACGGCAGCAGGAGUCCCCAUUAGCUAAAGUGGUGCUUCAGGUUAAGCACAGUUUCAGGUUAAGAACAGACCUCCAGAACGAAUUAAGUUCUUAACCCGAGGUACCACUGUAUAUGAAGAAAAAGAAAUUUGAUAUAAGAGCACAAUUUAAAGUCCUUGAAUCAGCAGUCCAGGUAGUGGCCCUUAUUCUGAUUGCCCCAGCUAUGAAUCUAGCAACCUUGCUGUUAAUACAAAGAGUUGUCUGCAUGUUUCUAUCGCUCUACUCUUCUUUUAUGCUAUAACGUUUUAUCUCUGGAAUGCAUUGAACUUUUAACAGUUUUAUUUUAACAAUGCAACAAACGAGGGCAGAAUUCUCAGAAUUUGCUGUGCAAAUGGCAGCAUGUGCACAUAUAGCCUUGCAAUGAGAUCACAGUGCCACCCAUUUAAUCCUGACUUGAGUUAAAGCAGCAUUUUUUAAAGACUCUUGAGCUCCACCCACUGGAGAUUACUUGGCUGGGGAGGGGGAUACCCUUCGGAUGAAGGAAGAGGGUGCCAGCGUCCCAGAGGCAGCAGAAUGGGCCCUGCCUCAAAGGGAAUCCUCUUUUGAGUAACGCUUCAGCCUCACUGACCCACUUCUCUUGUGGGGCAGAGGAAAUGAAAGUUUUGUGCCGUGGAAGCUGGUGGGGUUUUGUGGAAGUGUCUGCUUGGGGUUUUGUACCCUUUUUUUUGGUCAUAAAUAGUGGAACCAACUCCGCUUUCUGCACUCGAUUCCGGCCUCUUGAGGAUCCGUCCUCUGCUCCAACCUCUGAUCUGGCAGGUUUCCUUAUUUUUAGGGCUCCUAACCAACUGGGAGAAUUUCUAGUGCAUGAAUCAUGUACACUUACUACAUGAAUUGCUUGCUAAUUGAGUUUCAGUAUAAAUAAGGUUUGCUUUCCUUACCAAAAAGCUCAAAACGGAAACGAAGGUCGGAUUUGCAGUUUUACGUGUUGACACUCGCUCUCAGAAGGAAAGUAACAUACAGACCUCAGAAAAGCUUUCUGAAAUACAGUGGUACCUUGGGUUAAGUACUUAAUUCGUUCCGGAGGUCUGUACUUAACCUGAAACUGUUCUUAACCUGAAGCACCACUUUAGCUAAUGGGGCCUCCUGCUUCCGCCGCGCCGCCAGAGCACGAUUUCUGUUCUCAUCCUGAAGCAAAGUUAUUAACCUGAAGCACAAUUUCUGGGUUAGCGGAGUCUGUAACCAGAAGCAUAUGUAACCCAAGGUACCACUGUAUCAGCAACUUGGACCCCUAAGAAAUAAUUUACUUCUCCGUCAGCCAAACCUUUAGCUGACUGAUUUAUAAAAGGACACAGGCCAUGGCGUCCACUCUUCCUCAAGCCAGCCCUCCACCUGAAACCCUCUCCCGUCUCUGCCAUUUAAUAUGCCACAGAGGGUGUGUUCUGCCUCUCCUGCGAUUAGGCAAAAACCCAGGAAACACAAACGCUGGAUAAGGGCCUGGCCCCCUGUAAUCGAGCGCUGCUGGCAUUAAAGUACACUUUGCCUCAACAGCAGCCCAGUGGUCAGCGCUGUAUGCUCCCAAUUAAAGGUAAAGGGACCCCUGACCAUUAGGACCAGUCAUGGCCGACUCUGGGGUUGCGGCGCUCAUCUUGUUUUAUUGGCCGAGGGAGCCGGUGUACAGCUUCUGGGUCAUGUGGCCAGCAUGACUAAGCCGCUUCUGGCGAACCAGACCAGCGCACGGAAACGCCGUUUACCUUCCCGCCAGAGUGGUACCUAUUUAUCUACUUGCACUUUGACGUGCUUUUGAACUGCUAGGUUGGCAGGAGCAGGGACCGAGCAACGGGAGCUCACCCCGUCGCGGGGAUUCGAACCACCGACCUUCUGAUUGGCAAGUCCUAGGCUCUGUGGUUUAACCCACAGUGCCACCUGCGUUCCUUAUGCUCCCAAUUACCUAGCUCAAUAUUGCCUACUCUGGCUGGCAGAGGCUCUCCAUGAUUCCAGGCAGCGAGUCUCUCCCAGCCCUCCCAGGAGAUGCUGUUGGGAUCUUCUGCUUGCAACGCAGAAGCUAAAGGCCCUUCCCUGAUGUCUGGCAGGUUAAAUUUCAUUACGUUUCCUAUUAUCCAGGCUUCCUGCAGUUGCUCUGGGUCAUCUGGGAGACACUGUUAACUUCAAAGUCCGCCGCUGGAAUAGACACCAUUUGCCCCACUCCCACCCAGCUAAAUUAGCAGGCAGGGUAUAAUUAAUAACUUUUAUUUGCCCAGAAGCUUCUGUGUACUUCACUGCUCUCUGUGCUUUUGGAAUUUAUAAUUCUUUCUCCUUGUUGUUUUUAUCUCUCCCGCUGCCGCCCCCCGGCCGCCCCACAGUCCGUCUUUGCAAGGGGUUGAGGGGGGGAGAAUUUUUUCCAUCAGUUAUCUAUAGUGUUGUAAACAAAAAUUUGCCCUUUUCCCUUAUGGGGUAUCCAAGAGCCCAUAUAGUCCUUAUGUAGGUUCCCUAUUGGUAGGAGAGAAUAACAGAGGCCAACCAGAGAAUAUUGAGAAGCAAAGCAGCUAGUAAGCCUGAUCUUUAUUGAUCUGUUGCAACAGGGUGCUCCCCUCACCACAUGCAGGAGAGGAGGAGGAACCCAGAACAAUGGCGCGCAAGGCCUUAUAAAGACUUUUGAAAUUGCCACCCUGUAGAUCAAGACCACCCCCAGAAACAUCAUACAUACAUCACAGAAGGGGUGUAACCUAAGACCACCCCUCAGAUACAUCAUACCUACAUCACAGAAAAGGCGGUCUAAACAGAAAUUUGAAUGUUGUUUUUCUCCUGUCCUUGUUUAUCUCCUGUCUGGCAGGUUACUUGAUUGGAUUGCCUGGGGAGCCUGGCCAGUCUUUUGUAAUGAUAAAUACUUAGUUCCUGGGCCAGGUCACAGGCUCACGCCCUAUUCAAACAGAGACCCCUACCCUUAAGACAGGAUUUGUGAAGGAAAAGACAAUGGGGAGGCUUUUCCACUUUGACCUUGCAGAGAAAACAUUUGCUCAGUUUAGGAAUCAAAAUGGCUUCAGAUCGGUCUUCCUGUACUGAUCUAUGUACGUGCGGUUAUGAACAUUACCAUAUAUCGAAGACCUGAAAAUCCCUAUCACAAUGGCAAAUGCAUUUCAGCAUCUGCAAGCUGAGAAUUAUCUUUUUUAAAAAAACCUGGUUGGAUCCUGCAGAGAUGGGGGACCUCCGAAGAGCGUGGUGUUUGCGUUUUACGUGUUGAAAGGACACCCUGUUCUAUUUCGCUGCAGAGCCCGGUGACUUGCCUGCCUCUUUAUCUCUCCCCACCAAAUGUCUCCUAACACUCCCUGCUUCUCUGCCUUUUGUCUGUUCCUGGUCUUGCAUUCUGAGGAACCGCAGAGCAAAUUUGGGCGAAGCUGAUGGGCAUGUUGUGUGGGGGGGGGAGAGGUUUUGUUUUUUGUUUCUUUCUGUUUUUGUAGUGAUGUGUUGGCGUCAAAACGACCCACGUGCAAUCGUACAAACUGUAGGUGGGACAGUUUCUAUUAUCUACUUAUGUCCUAGAAUUUCAGUACGAAACAAAACAUCAAAGCAAUUUACGAAAAGAAUAAAACAAUAAAAUUAUCAGGGAAGACAGUUACGAGCAUCUACAUAAAACAUUUGCUGUCAUGAUUAAAUGCAACGAUAAACUAAAAACAGAUUAGAUGCGUGUCAGCAUUCUACAUAUCCAGGCAGCCUGUCCACUCAAAAUUAUUUUAGCAGGUGUCUGCCUUGUUUCAAUAGGCAGAGAGUUCCAAAGUGUGGGGGCUACUGCACUAAAAUAUGGGUUUCUAAAGAGUUCCCUGGGAAGAGGGAUUGGUUGUUAUACCACUCUCAGAAUUACUAUUCUGUGAGGGGAAUAAGGGGCCUCCUCUCAGCCCCCUUAACAAACUACAGCUCCCAGAAUGCUUUGGGGGAAGCUGUGAAUUUUGUAUUGUAGAGCUUUAAAUGUAUGGUCCGAAUGUGGCCAAUGUCUGAUGCAGACGAUGCUUGAGGUGACGCAGUGACAUCACACUGUGCGCCUGGGGUGUCAUGGGGACAGCAUGUCACCCCAGGUGUCAUUUUUAUUGGGCAUGGCAAAGAAAAAGGCCAUCUGGCUGGUCCCAGAGAGGGGCUGGAUGGUGGUGCUGCUUUCCACAUGCGUCAGGGGAAGUGGUGGAAUUUAUUGAUUUGAUUAUUGAUUUGAUUUGAUUUGAUUCAUAUACUGCCCUUCAUCAAAAGAUCUCAGGGUGGUCCACAAGAUUAAAAACAUAAGAUAGGCAGCCCUGUUUAGGGAAACUUUUAAUGUUUAAAAAGGUUAUUGUAUUUUAAUAUUUUGUUGGAAGCUGCCCAGAGUUGCUGGGGAAACCCAGCCAGAUGGGCAGGGUAUAAAUAAUAAAUUAUUAUUAUUAUUAUUAUUUAUUAAUUAUCAUUAUUGAAGCACAAGUAAAUAGUCAACACAGAAAGCAACAAAACAGUAACACACACACACAAAAACACAUUUUAAAGGCUGUAGAAUAUUAAUCAGCCAAAGGCCUGGCUGAAGACGAUUGUAUCUGCCUAGCGCCUGAAGAUCUAUAAUGAAAGCGCCAGACGAAUCUCCCUAAAGAGAGCAUUCCACAGACGGGGAGCCACCACAGAGAAGGCCCGUUCUCAUGUUCCUGCCCUCUGGACCUCUCAUGGAGGAGGUACACGAAGAAGGGCCUCAGAUGAUGAAUGGAGAGUCUGGGAUAGUUUACAUGAGGAGACGCGGUCCUUAAGGUAUUGCAGUCCUGACCCAUUUAAGGCUUUAUAGGUCAAAACCAGCACUUUGAAUUGGGCCUGGAAGCUAUUUGACAGUCAGUGCAGUUGGGCCAGGAGCGGUGCCAUAUGCUCAAACUGUAUGGCCUGAUUACCAACCUAGCUACCGUAUUCUGUACCCGUUGCAAGUUUCUGAACUGUCUUCAGAGGCAGCCCUGUCUAUAAUGUGUUGCAGUAAUCCAGCCUAGUGGUUAUUAGAGCCUUGAGAACAGUAGAAAUAUAUACAGUGGUACCUCUGGAUGCGAACAGGAUCCGUUCCGGAGCCCCAUUCGCAUCCUGAAGCGAAUGCAACCCACAUCCGCAUGGCUGUGCGGGUCGCGAUUUGCUGCUUCUGCGCAUGCACGUGACGUCAUUUUGAGCGUCUGCGCAUGCGCGAGUGACGAAACCCGGAAGUAACACGCCCCGUUACUUCCGGGUUGCCGUGGAGCGCAAUCCGAAAAUGCUUAACCUGAAGCUACUUCUACCCGAGGUAUGACACUAUAAAAAAAUUUAAAAAUUGUCCAGUAGCACCUUAGAGACCAACUAAGUUUGUUCUUGGUAUGAGCUUUCUUGAGCGACAGCAAAGGAUCCAGGAGUACCCCCAAAUUACGUACCUGCUCCUUCAGAGGGUGUGUGACCCCAUCAAGAGCAGGGAAAGUUCCCAUCCAUCCAGUCUAGGAAACCGCCCACUAAAAGUGCCUCUGUCUUAUCUGGAUUGAGCUUCAGUUUGUUGGCUUUCAUCCAGUCCACUACCGAGGUCCAGCACUUCCACUGCCUCACCUGCAGAUGAAAACGAGAAGCAGAGCUGAGUGUCGUCGGCAUAUCGCUGACAACGUACUACAGAGCUCCGAAUGCCCCCACGCAGCGGUUUCCUGUAGAUGUUAAAUGGCAUACAGUGGUGCCCCGCAAGACGAAAAUAAUCCAUUCGCAAGACGGAAUGUCCUCGUCUAGCGAAGGGUUUCUUCGUCUUUGAAGCAGCCCUAUUAGGGGCUUAACGGAUUAGCGCUAUUAGCGGGUUAGCAAGGCUAUUAAAUGGCUUACAAGUCUUAGCGGAUUUUGUCUGCUAUCAGGCUUUAUCUAAGCCGCUAAGCGGCUUUAGAUAGCCGGUUAGCAGCAUAAAUCCGCUAAGACCGAUAAGCCAUUUAAUAGCCGCUGAAGCCAGCUAAUAGCGUAACCAUUAGCCGCUGCAAUAGGUUGCUCGCAAAACGGAAAACCCUUCGUCUAGACGGAGACAUUCCGUCUUGAACGGAUUAAUUUCGUCUUGCGAGGCACCACUGUAUAUUAUAAUAGGCAGUGCUGUUUAGCGAUGCCUACCUCACCUUCCUGACAAAAGCGAGCUGACCAUUCGGAGCCCCUUCCCAGCUGCUGCUGCUGCUGCUGCUGCAUUUGACUCCGGAUUACAAAAGGGGCCGUGACUCACCAACCCACAAACCUCAGAAGGCUGCAAAACUGGGAACAAAAACAGCAUGACAUAGAUGGAAAGCAGAAGCGGAUUCCCUGCCCCCACCCCCGAAUAGUCGAAAGAGCAGAGAUAUUUUGGGAGUCUCGGCCACAUCCCCUUCCACGGCAACAAGGAAAUCCGAUUGUCCUCCUCCUCUCCCCACCUCCCCCCACCCAGCACCGCCAACUAACUUGCCCAGUACCUGGAAGGUGGUAUUGUUGCUGCUAUUAAUGAUGAAUAGUGGUGGUGAUGAUGAUGAUUAUUAUUGUAGUGGUACCUCAGGUUAAGUACUUAAUUCGUUCCGGAGAUCCGUUCUUAACCUGAAACUGUUCUUAACCUGAAGCACCACUUUAGCUAAUGCGGCCUCCUGCUGCUGCCGCGUCGCCGGAGCACAGUUUCUGUUCUCAUCCUGAAGCAAAGUUCUUAACCUGAAGCACUAUUUCUGGAUUAGUGGAGUCUGUAACCUGAAGCAUAUGUAACCCGAGGUACCACUAUACUUAAUUCGUUCCGGAGGUCCGUUCUUGACCCGAAACUGUUCUUAACCUGAGGGACCACUUUAGCUAAUGGCAGACUCAUUCAGAAGGUUGUGGACUCUCCUUCCGUGGAGGUUUCUAAGGAGCGGUUGGAUGGCCAUCUGCUGAGAUUCCUGCAUUGCAGGGGGUUGGACUAGAUGACCCUUGGGUCCCUCCCAACUCUUAAGAUUCUAUGAUUCUAAAUGAUCUGCUCAUGUGUGUUGAUUAAUACAUAUGUUCACCAUCCUUGGGAAUAUCAUUUGGGAAGGGGCGAAGCCGAUGGCCCAGCACUGACUCCAGGACACGUGAAUGGGGCGUUUGUUUUUUGGGGGGUGCCUGCUGGGGCCCCCUCCUUUUAAGCUGGCCUCCCCUCCUGUUCCCUUCCGCCUGGGGAAAGAGGCAUCUCUCUGUCUUCCUCCCAUUUCCGGGAUGACUUCUGCAGCCCUCGAUCUGCAAGCGGUUUCACAGAUGCUGGAAUCUCCAGCAGCUGUGGGGUUGUUUUCGUUUCAGUUUGCUGCUGCUUUGUGUAACCUCCAGCAGAGCCAGCCGUCCCCUGUUUCCCUCCCCCCCCCCAGCCUUGCAGGGUGGUGCUUUGCCAGCAUCCAGCAGGCCUGGGGUUUGGCUGGUCGGGUGCCUGUUGGCCACCCUGCUGCCCCUCUGCUAACACUGCUGACCCCGAGUGGCUUAUGGCUCCUUAAUGCCAGUGAGUCACGCCGGCCGCCCCUCUCGGCCAAGAGGAUUUCUGAGGCUCUCGGCCUGUGGAAAAAUCCAAGCAGCCCAUCAGCUGGGGAUGGAAACGGCCUGUCUGGUAAACCGAUUGCGUCAUCAGGCUUCCUGCAUUGGCUCAGCAUUCCCGCGCCUCACGCCAACUCUCAGAAUCCGACCCUUUUUGUGCCAGUCCUUCUGCCUCAGUUGGGGGAACUGGUCCCAGCUGUUGCCUCAUUUCCCCCUCCUGGUUUCUUGGGGUGACAUAAUUACCAAGGAAGGUGGCAUUUCGGAAGCAGUGUGGGAGGGGCAAGAAUGCACACCCCCUGCGGUCCAGAGACCCAUACAGACAUAACGGGCACCGCAUGGAAUCUUUUCCACCCGUCAGGAGCUUUCUGUGCUCCUCCGUCACAUCAAGGGAGCACGGGAAGUGGAAGUGGUCACUGAAUACAGUGAGGUUCUCUGCUGAAAAUACAUCUGUUUAAGUUCCAAGGUUCUAGUCCUCUUGACAGCGGAGAAUAAUAAUAAUAAUAAAUUUUUAUUUAUAUCCCGCCCUCCCCAGCCAAAGCUGGGCUCAGGGCGGCUAACAGCAAUAAAAUAAUACAACAUUCUAAAAUCAUUUAAUUAUAAAAUUAAUUCAAAUCAAAUUGAUGGCAACCAUUGGGCUAGAGUUCUGUGAAGAUUGCCAAAGGAGGGAGUCAGUCUGUGCUUUAAAGCAAUCUGGGUUACUAGGUGUAAUCUCAAAGCUGGAGUGGUCUAAUCAGAUUCUGAAUUGCACACCUUCCAACAUUUCUCUGAUGAAAACAGGGACAUCCUAUUCUGUUGUUGUUGUUGUUGUUGUUACCCCGCCCAUAGGGCCGGGUUUCCCCAGCCACUCUGGGUGGCUUCCACCAUAUAUAAAAAGAUAAUAAAACAUUAAACGUUUUAAAAAGCUUCCCUCUACUGGGUGGCAUGCCUUCAGAUGUCUUCUAAAGGUUGUAUAGUUUCUUAUCCCCUUGGCUCAGGGGUCACGUAACUCCAUACCCUCCUAUGACAAUAGGGACGUCCUAAGGAAAAGCGGGAUAUUAUGGGAUCAAAUCAGAAACCAGGAUGGCUUCUGUAAGUAAUAAUAAUAAUAAUAAUAAUAAUAAUAAUAAUUUAUUUAUAUCCCGCCCUCCCCAGCCGAAGCCGGGCUCAGAGCGGCUAACAACAGUAAAUUGGCAAAACAUUCUAAAAUCAUUUCAUUAUAAAAUCAGUUCAAAUCAGAUUAAUGGCAACCAUUGGGCUAGAGUUCUGUGAGGAUUGCCAAAGGAGGGGGUCAGGCUGUGGAACAGCUCUGUCUUGCAGGCCCUGCGGGAAAAUGUCAAGUCCCGCAGGGCCCUAGUCUCUUGUGACAGAGCGUUCCACCAGAUCGGAGCCACAGCCGAAAAAGCCCUGGCUCUGGUUGAGGCCAGCCUAACCUCUCUGUGGCCCAGGACCUCCAAGAUGUUUUUGUUUGAAGACCGUAAGGUCCUCUGUGGGGCGUACCAGGAGAGGCGGUCCCGUAGGUACGAGGGUCCUAGGCUGUGAAGGGCUUUAAAGGUUAAAACCAGCACCUUAAACCUGAUCCUGUACUCCACCGGGAGCCAGUGCAGCUGGUAUAGCACCGGGUGAAUGCUGGCCCUGGAAAAUAGGGGCACUUGGAGGAUCUGGAAUUUCUAGCAGGCAAGAUUUGGGGGCUGACUUGGGAGCAUGAGUAGAUUAAAAUUAUGCAGGGGGGGGAAGCAUUUGCAUCAUUUAUACAAGCUGUUGAAUUCAUCUUACUUUGGUACAGAUACAGCCAGGUAUCUGUUCCCAUGAAGUCACCCAGGACAUUUUGUUUUCUUCAAUCUGUGGCUCAAGGAUGGGCAACCUGUGGCUUUUCAGGGAUUGACGGACUACGUCUCCCAUCAUCCUUGGCAGCUCUGAGCGGGGCUGAUGGGAGUUGGAGUACAACACCACCUAGACCAGGGGUCAGCAAACUUUUUCAGCAGGGGACCAGUCCACUGUCCCUCAGACCUUGUGGGGGGCCAGACUAUAUUUUGGAGGAGAAAAAUGAACGAAUUCCUAUGCCCCACAAAUAACCCAGACAUGCAUUUUAAAUAAAAGGACACUUUCUACUCAUGCAAAAACACUGAUUCCUUGACUGUCCGCGGGCCGGAUUGAGAAGGUGAUUGGGCCGCAUCCGGCCCCCAGGCCUUAGUUUGCCUACCAUGACCUAGAAGGCAACAGGAUCCUCACUUGCUGCUUUAAGCUCUUAAUUCUCUCUCUGGUUCCGUCUCUCUGUUCUUAAACUGCUGCUUUAUUUAUUUAUUUAUUAUCAUUUAUUGCAUUUAUGUCCUAGCUUAGACUGAGAGAGGCAGUGAGUGGGCCAAAGUCACCAAGCGAUCUUUAUGGCCAACUAAGGAAUUUGAACCCUGGUCCCUCCCAGUCCUGGUCCGACACUCUAACCACUAUAUUGCCCUAGCUUUCUUUUCCUCUCCCUCUUCAUCAAAAGUUUCACCUCCAGACAUUCCUAUUCCUGCCCACCUCCCAACCAUUUGCUCCCACUAAGGAAACACCCUUAGCAUGUUUUAUUUGGUCAAAUCCCUGGCCACUUUCAGCUGUUUGGGCGAAUGCAAAUUCACCAUGAUUCUCCACCCAGAGUAUCUCACAGUGGUGGUGUCAGAAAUCAGGGUGGAAGGAGGGAUGUCUUGAUCGCUGACUUCCUCCCCAGGUGGCUUCUCCACCCAUUCGGCCACUGUCAAAGCCCCUUGGGGUCUGAACAGGCCAGAAACUGUGGUCCUUCAAUUUUUUACAGUGAGAGAUACAUGUCAUCAUUGCUUGGAACUUUGGCCCCUGAAAGGCUGAGCCACAGAGGCAGCUGAAUUCUGGGGUAGCUUUUAAACAGAGGGUGGAAUGACGGAUAGAAUCUGUGUACAGUGGUAAAGGUAAAGGGACCCCUGACCAUUAGGUCCAGUCAUGGCCGACUCUGGGGUUGCGGCGCUCAUCUCGCUUUAUUGGCCGAGGGAGCCGGCGUACAGCUUCCGGGUCAUGUGGCCAGCAUGACUAAGCCGCUUCUGGCAAACCAGAGCAGCGUACGGAAACGCCGUUUACCUUCCCGCCGGAGUGGUACCUACUUAUCUACUUGCACUUGACGUGCUUGCAAACUGCUAGGUUGGCAGGAGCAGGGACCGAGCAACGGGAGCUCACCCCAUUGCGGGGAUUCGAACCGCCGACCUUCUGAUCAGCAAGUCCUAGGCUCUGUGGUUUAACCCACAACGCCACCCGCAUCCCGCGUGUACAGUGGUACCUCGGGUUAAGUACUUAACUUGUUUCGGACGUCCGUUCUUAACCUGAAACUGUUCUUAACCUGAAGCACCACUUUAGCUAAUGGGGCCUCCCGCUGCCGCCCGAGCACAAUUUAUGAACCAUUGACAGGAGAAGGUGGGGGAGCCACCAACUCUGAUGGUUUUAAGAGGCUUGGAGGGGUUCAUGGACGAGGCAGCAAUGCUUCUACGUGGGGCAGCCCUUGAGACUGACCCAGAAACUCCAGCGGGUGCAGAAUGCUGCAUCGAGACUCCUUACGGGGUCUUCGCUGCAAGAUCACAUUCACCCGGUGCUAUACCAGCUGCACUGGCUCCCGGUGGAGUACAGGAUCAGGUUUAAGGUGCUGGUUUUAACCUUUAAAGCCCUAUACGGCCUCGGACCCGCGUACCUACGGGACCGCCUCUCCUGGUACGCCCCACAGAGAAACUUAUGGUCUUCAAAUAAAAACAUCUUGAAGGUCCCAGGCCACAGAGAAGUUAGGCUGGCCUCAACCAGAGCCAGGGCUUUUUCGGCUGUGGCUCCGAUCUGGUGGAACGCUCUGUCACAAGAGACUAGGGCCCUGCGGGACUUGACAUCUUUCCGCAGGGCCUGCAAGACAGAGUUGUUCCACCAGGCCUUUGGCCAGGGCACAGCCUGACUCCCUCCCUCGGCAAGCUUCGCGGAGGUCUGGCCCAAUGGUUGCCAGUGGCUUGAAUUAAUUAAUUUUAUAAUGAAUGAUUUUAGAGUGUUGUUUGUGCUGUACUUUUGUACUGUUUUAUUGUUGUUAGCCGCCCUGAGCCCGGCUUCGGCUGGGGAGGGCGGGAUAUAAAUAACAUUUAUUAUUAUUAUUAUUAUUAUUAUUAUUAUUAUUAUUAUUAUUCUGAAUUCCAACCAGUUAUUGGAAACAACAGGAAGGCGGAGCUGCAACAAUGCUGCCAGAUUUCUGCCUUUCUUUUGUCCUGCCAGAGAUGUUUUGUUGGCAUCUCUCAGAGACAGAAAGCUAGACUUUUUGAUCCAAUCUAGCAGCAGGAUCAAGGUGUGCACGCCUUAUUUCCCUAACUCCCCAUCCAAAAUCAGGCAUGUGCAAAUGGUCAAGCACUUCCAACACCUGCUGAAAAUGUUUUUUUAUCUCCUGGCUGCUGCCGCCAUCCUUUUAUGAGAUUCUAAGGAUGCUUUUGAAGAGUCUACCUGACUCCUCUAGCGAUUUUCAUUGAGAUGCCCACAUAACCAGAAGCAAACAAAUACUUUAACAAAUCAAAUAAUAAACCCUAAAUGUUAGGUCCGGGAUUUUUUGCUCAUUCAGGAGUCCUAGGACACGAUCUCUGCUUCUCCAACCUGGAAAUGCUCCAGAUGUUUUUGACUAUAGCUUUCACCAGGCAGGAGGUUGAAAGGAGGUACGGGGCUGAUCCACAGUGCACUUCCAAAGCACAUGACACCCCCCCCCAAAAAAAGAAUCCUGGGAACUGCAAUUUCCCCCUCGCAGACCAAUUCCCCGCACCCUAUAGUUCCCAGGAUUGUUUGGGGGCAAGAUACGUGUUUUGAAUGUGCAUUUGAUGUGCCUUUCAAUGUACGGUUCGGCUCUACCCGUAGUCCAGAUGCUCUGAGGGAUGCCUCGCUGGUGCAACCAGUGCGCGGACUCACCUCAGCUGCUUCUCCUGUCUCUCUCCGCAGAGUUCGAAGCCAAAGCUGCAGACCACCUGCUCGGAGAUCCAAGAAAUCCGUCCCUGCACUCGCCUGGAGAUGCCGGACCACGCAGACACCUUUGUCCUCAAGAUGCUGAAGGUAUCCUUAUGCAGCCGCUGCACUUAUGGGAGGGAGGGACAUUUCAGGGGCAGCUGGAAGAUGGAUGGCAGCUAACAGAUUGAGGUUCAAUCCUGACAAGACAGGGAGCAGGCAGGUGUGGAGGACUACCUGGUCCUGAAUGGGGUAACUGUGCCCCUGAAGGACCAGGUGUGCAGCCUGGGAGUCAUUUUGGACUCGCAGCUGUCCAUGGAGGUGCAGGUCAAUUCUGUGUCCAGGGCAGCUGUCUACCAGCUCCAUCUGGUAUGCAGGCUGAGACCCUACCUGCCCACAGACUGUCUCUCCAGUGUGGUGCAUGCUCUAGUUAUCUCCCGCUUGGACUAUUGCAAUGCGCUCUACGUGGGGCUACCUUUGAAGGUGACCUGGAAACUACAACUAAUCCAGAAUGCACAGCUAUACAGUGACUGGGAGUGGCUGCCGAGACCACAUAACACUGGUCUUGAAAGACCUACAUUGGCUCCCAGUACGUUUCCGAGCCCAAUUCAAAGUGUUGCUGCUGACCUUGAAAGCCCUAAAUGGCCUUGGCCCAGUAUACCUGAAGGAGCGUCUCCACCCCCAUCGUUCUGCCUGGACACUGAGGUCCAGCUCUGAGGGCCUUCUGGCGGUUCCCUCCCUGCGAGAAGUGAAGUUACAGGGAACCAGGCCUUCUCGGUAGCGGCACCUGCCCUGUGGAAUGCCCUCCCAUCAGAUGUCAAAAAAAUAAACAAUUAUCUGACAUUUAGAAGACAUCUGAAGGCAGCCCUGUUUAGGGAGGUUUUUAAUGACUGAUGUUUUAAUGCAUUUUUAAUCUCCUGUUGGAAGCCGCCCAGAGUGGCUGGUGAAACCCAGCCAGAUGGGCGGGGUAUAAGUAAUUAAUAAUAAUAUAUUAUUAUUCCUGGGCAAUAUAUAAAUCCUGUGCUCUGAGAUCUUCACUGGGUGCCAGUUUGCUACUAGGCCAAGCUGAAGGUGUUAUAUAUGCAUACUGACAUACAUUUUAUGAAAUUAAUUAAAGGGUGUGGAUAUCCCAUGGGGUUUUAAAGACGAUCUGAACCUAGACAGCAUUGCCUCAGCAUUAUGAAGCACUCCCAGUGUUUAUCUUCUUUUUCUCUCCCCCUGCCACAGGUGAACACCUCCAUGGAUCUUGUAUUUGAGGCUGGAGAUGACCAGCAACUGCGUUCCUGGAUGUGUGAAAUUAAAGAGUGUCUCCAUCGAGGGUGAGUUAUUGCCCCACUACUCUCUGUGCCAGGGCUGUGUGAUGCAAUUCUCCAGGUGUUUGUUUUUUAAAAAAAGAGGAUUUCUAGUCCCCAUGGCUGGAAGAUAAGCUUGAAUGUGUACAGCGAUUCCUUGUGGAAUAUCUGAAGCAAGGGAGGCAUUGGGCUGCCUUGAUUAGCAGAUGCAGACUGAAUUAGACACGACUAUCUUUUAAAAUGCAGGCUAAGAUGGGGUCCACCUUUUCCUGGCGCAGAUUUUCUUUCUCUCUUAUUGCGCGGUGCAGAUCCAGGUUCACAUGCUCAGAGUCUCUCGCGUUGACUUUUGCUUCAUGUAUUGCAGGCCGUAAUCCAGGCCCUAAAAAGUGGUUCCGGGGCUGGUCCUUGGUUGGUACCAAUCGAGCUCUGGACAGAAGGGAUUGGAAGACAGGGAAGUGCGUAGGAAUGUCCCCCCACCCCCAGCACCUCAUGAGGGUUAGAAACCUGCUUCUUUACAUAAACAAAAGCCUGUCCUGAAACUUCCAACAUUCAGCCUGAUGGGUUGCCCUCAAAUUCUAGAGUUAUGAGUGAGAAAAACUUUAGUCUAUCCACUUUCCCCAUGCCAGGCAUAAUUUUAUAAACUUCUAUACUGUCUCCUGUUACAGUGGUGCCUCGCAAGACGAAAUUAAUCCGUUCCGCGAGUCUCUUCAUCUAGCGGUUUUUUCGUCUUGCGAAGCAACCCUAUUAGCGGCUUAACGGAUUAGCGCUAUUAGCGGUUUAGCAGCUAUUAAAGGCUUAGCGGCUUAGCGGAUUAGCUGCUAAAAGGCUAUUAAAGGCUUAGCGGCUUAGAUAAAGGGGGGGGGAAAGCGGAAAAAAAAUCUCGAGACUCGCAAGACAUUUUCGUCUUGCGAAGCAAAUCCAUAGGGAAAUUCGUCCUGUGAAGCAACUCAAAAACGGAAAACCCUUUCAUCUAGCGGGUUUUCCGUCUUGCGAGGCAUUCGUCUUGCGGGGCACCACUGUACUUACAUUUUCUCUAAAGCCCCAAACACGGCAGGAUGGGAGAUUCAUACUAUCUUCAUCAUUUUUAUUGCCCCUUUUUAUCUUUUUCCAACUCCACACUAUCCUUUACUGGGUAUUUCCUGUACUCUAUAGCCUGGACUGACCUAGAGGUGCCCAGAGUAAGGAUGGCUUCUGUGAUGAAAAUAGCCAUACCUGAAAGAAAACAGUGUGGGACUAGGUGUACCUUGUGUGCAACGAUGCAGGAAAGCUGAAGAAUUGGUUGAGGAAUUCAAUCUUGAUCUAUUUUAUUUAUUUUAUUUAUUAUUUUAUUAUUUAUUUAAUUUAUUGUUUUAUUAUUUAUUUAUUUAUUUUAAUUUAUUAUUUAUUAUUUUAUUUAUAUUAUUUAUUGUAUUUUAUUUUAUUUAUUAUCGGUAGAGGAAUACAAUUUUUAUUUCUGAACCUUUUCUUUUUAAACUUUCUCGGCCUUAUGCCUCCAAAUAUUGGCUUUGAAGUGUGUGAUUGAUAAGUACUAAAAUUUCUAAAGCUGGGAGAGGGGCCGAAUGAGAUUGCCAGCGACGGGGUAUAAAAACACAAAAAUACGUACCAUCAUAACAAAUACAAUAUAGCACAAUUUAAAAUGCCAUAGAUGGCUAUCAGGUCUAAACCAGAUGCAUGCUCUAGUUAUAUCCCGCUUGGACUACUGCAAUGCGCUCUACGUGGGGCUGCCUUUGAAGGGGACCCGGAAACUACAACUAAUCCAUAAUGUGGAAGCCAGACGGUGACUGGGAGUGGCUGCCGAGACCAUAUAACACCGGUCUUGAAAGACCUACAUUGGCUCCCAGUAUGUUUCUGAGCACAAUUCAAAGUGUUGGUGCUGACCUUUAAAGCCCUAAACGGCCUCGGCCCAGUAUACCUGAAGGAGCGUUUCCACCCCCAUUGUUCUACCCGGACACUGAGGUCCAGUGCCGAGGGCCUUCUGGCAGUUUCCUCCCUGCAAGAAGUGAGGUUACAGGGAACCAGGCAGAGGGCCAUCUAGGUAGUGGCGCCUGCCCUGUGGAACUCCCUUCCACCAGAUGUCAAAGAAAUAAACCACUGUAAGACUUUUAGAAGACAUCUGAAGGCAGCCCUGUUUAGGGAAGUUUUUAAUGACUGAUGUUUUAAUGUAUUUUUAAUCUCUUGUUGGAAGCCGCCCAGAGUGGCUGGGGAAACCCAGCCGGAUGGGCGGGGUACGAGUAAUAAAUUAUUAUUAUUAUUAUUACUUGGACUGCAGAAUCCAUGUCCUUUCUGCACCUUGUCUUCUGCUUGGCUUGGGAAAUUUGUUUUAAGCCCUGGAGUCCGUAGGAAGCAAGAACUUCCUCUUGUGUACCUGGGGGUUUAAAGUCCUUCCCAAGUCAGAGUGUGGGAUGCCCAGGUGGAUGCAAGCCCAGUCUCUCUCUCACGCCUCUUGGAAAAUGUACUACCUGUUUCUCGUGCCAUUCUUUCAAAGACCUCCCACUUCCUCUUGGGGCUUCCUCUUACUGAAAUCUGCCAGGGGCAAGAAGUGGUAUUGUGAUUUGCAGAGAGCCAUACUGUGAUUCCUUUCAUUCACACACACACACACACACACACACACCCUCCACCAAAUGUCAGGCUCCUUUUUGACCUUCUUGUAGCAGCAGUGCUGGGUGGCAACUGAACUGCCUGUGUCCAAAACCAACCUGCCUGCUUUUCUCCAAAGUUCCGUGCCCCUUUUUCGGAGUAUAAAAUGGCUACAUUAACACUGGGUGUUUGGCCAGGGGGUAGCAUAAAUGUGCGAGGAAAUCAGGUCCCAAACUUGUCACUAGUGCCAGGCUGCUUGGUAAGUGGGGGUUGGGGGUGGUGAAGACAACUUGGGUGACAUCUGAGCAUGUACCGUAUUUUUCGCCCUAUAGGACGCACUUUUUCCCCUCCAAAAAUGAAGGGGAAAUGUGUGUGCGUCCUAUGGGGCGAAUGCAGGCUUUUGCUGAAGCCUGGAGAGCGAGAGGGGUCGGUGCGCACCAACCCCUCUCGCUCUCCAGGCUUCAGGAGAGCCCCACCGCCAGCCCCACAAGCUUGGGGGACAGCGGGGAGGCGGAACGCCGCCAUCCCGCUGUCCCCUGACUUUGUUAGAAGGCUGGCGGGGGGAGAAGCCUGCUCCUCCCCGUCGCCAGCCCCGUAAACUCGGGGGACAGCGGAGAGGCGCAGCGUGCCAUCCCGCUGUCUCCCAACCUGGUUUGGAGGCUGGCGGAGGGCUUCCCCCUCCCCCAGCCCCGCAAGCUCCCAGAGCGAUGCCAAAGCUGCGCGCAGCUUCGGCAUCGCUCUGGGCGCUGGGGUCGGGGGAAGCUCGGGCUUGCGGAGAGCUUCCUGUUCUGGGAGCUGGGGUCGGGGGAAGCUCGGGCUUCCCCCGCCCCAGCCCCGCGCCUGGGGGGGGAAUAAAUUUUUCCCCCUUUAUUCCCCCCCCCCCCAAAUCUAGGUGCGUCCUAUGGGCCGGUGCGUCCUAUAGGGCGAAAAAUACGGUAAUCUGUGUGUGCCCAAAUAAUUGUGCUGCACAAAUCUCUUUCACACAAACACGUGUUCAUGCACCAGGCAACUUGAACCUGUGUUCAGUGCAACGUGUGAAUAAGCCUGUAAUGCCAACAGUUCUCUUCCUCCUGCAAAAGUUAAUUUUCAAGGCAGGAGUUCCCAAAUUCUGGUCUGGGGACCACUGGUGGCCCGCAAGCUGCACAGUGUAUUUGAAGAAUGGUGGGAGCAUUGCAUGAAAUAGUCGUUUUGAUUGCAUUUUUAUUGCUGCUUCUAUUUCUUGCCUUGCAUUUUGUUAUUUAUCACAGUAUUUUCCAUUGCGUUCUACGGAACUAAAAUGGGAAUGCAAUAAAAUACAAAGUAAUAAAUAACAGGAGCGAUGAUGAUAGCAAUAAUAAUCCUACGUCUACAACAGCAUAUUAUGAUUGCUACAAGCAGACAAAUCAUUAGGUGGUCAGCAAUUUUCAAGUGAUCUGUUUAGAAAGAAAGUUUUGUAACCAACUCCAGGUGUUGGUUGGGAGGGCUAAGGCUAGUUUUGGAGGCAGGUCGUUGGCAGGGGGGAACCCUGUGAAUGGCCCCUGCCUUGGAUUCAGGAGAAGGCUUAGCGUUGCAGUCCCAACCCCUUCUCAAGUCUGCCCCAAGUUCAUGGCAUCCUUUGCAGAGUGAGCAGGGCCACUAAAUUUGGCCUCUUUGCUGGCCCUGCACCUCAGGCCUGGCAGGAGCACCAAUUCUGAGGCCGUUUAUUGAUGGCUUUUGCAACAUGGCUUCAUUUGCCUGGGUGUUCCAUGUAUUUGCUGACCAUGUUUCCUAUAAAAACUAUAUUAAAAGUAUUACGAUUCGACAGUAGUAAGGAUGCAUGUGAUCUCACCUGUGGAACCUCACAUUGCAAAACCCAUUUCCACUCCAACCCUUCUGACCAAUGUGUUUUCCUUCAUCUUAUAAGCUUGCUUACAAAGGCAUUCAAAAAAGUCUCUUUCCUUUAAAGUAUAGUGCCAGCAAAGGGACGUGGGUGGCGCUGUGGGUUAAACCACAGAGCCUAGGACUUGCUGAUCAGAAGGUCGGUGGUUCGAAUCCCCGUGACGGGGUGAGCUCCCAUUGCUCGGUCCCUGCUCCUGCCAACCUAGCAGUUCAAAAGCACGUCAAAGUGCAAGUAGAUAAAUAGGUACCGCUCUGGCGGGGAGGUAAACGGCGUUUCCAUUCGCUGCUCUGGUUCGCCAGAAGCGGCUUAGUCAUGCUGGCCACAUGACCCAGAAGCUGUACGCCGGCUCCCUCGGCCAAUAAAGCGAGAUGAGCGCCGCAACCCCAGAGUUGGCCACGACUGGACUUAACUGUCAGGGGUCCCUUUACCUUCAUAGUGCCAGCAGACUCACCACUGCCUUGUGCUGAGAAAACAAUAUGGAUUUUUUCCUGGAAUUUCAAGUUUUCUGGUCCUCACCCCCAUCAGGGAGCUCUUUCUUUUGCUUUUUUGCUUUUCUUUGCCUUAUCUUUUGUUGCUGGCCUUGGGGGCAGGGACUUUAUCUGUCCUGUUGGUGUCUCACAAUCAGAAACAUUCCCUCCUCUUUCAGGUCAGAAGGCGCCGACGUUGAGCUGAUCUCGGACUCUCACUCGGAGGCUGUGACUGCAAGCCCCACAACCAGCAGCACGGACUCCCUGAACCAAGGUAUUUGGGGCUCACCUGUGGUUGGAGGGGGAUCCUCUCCUAUGCCUUUCAAGAAAAAAUACCAAGAAACAUCUGGUUGAGCAGUUCAAGCUACUGGACUCUGGGGAACCAGCAGAAGGGCAAAAAAAAACGAGAGGCACAAAUACAAGAUGGGUGACACCUGGCUUGAAAGCAGUACAUGUGAAAAGGAUCUAGGAGUCUUGGUUGACCACGAACUUGACAUGAGCCAACAGUGUGACGCGGCAGCUAAAAAAGCCAAUGCAAUUCUGGGCCUCAUCAAUAGGAGUAUAGCAUCUAGAUCAAGGGAAGUAAUAGUGCCACUGUAUUCUGCUCUGGUCAGACCUCACCUGGAGUACUGUGUCCAGUUCUGGGCACCACAGUUCAAGAAGGACACUGACAAACUGGAACAUGUCCAGAGGAGGGCAACCAAAAUGGUCAAAGGCCUGGAAACGAUGCCUUAUGAUGAACGGCUAAGAGAGCUGGGCAUGUUUAGCCUGGAGAAGAGGAGGUUAAGGGGUGAUAUGAUAGCCAUGUUCAAAUAUAUAAAAGGAUGUCACAUAGAGGAGGGAGAAAGGUGGUUUUCUGCUGCUCCAGAGAAGCGGACAUGGAGCAAUGGAUCCAAACUACAAGAAAGAAGAAUCCACCUAAACAUUAGGAAGAACUUCCUGACAGUAAGAGCUGUUCGACAGUGGAAUUUGCUGCCAAGGAGUGUGGUGGAGUCUCCUUCUUGGGAGGUCUUUAAGCAGAGGCUUGACAACCAUAUGUCAGGAGUGCUCUGAUGGUGUUUCCUGCUUGGCAGGGGGUUGGACUCGAUGGCCCUUGUGGUCUCUUCCAAUUCUAUGAUUCUAUGAGAAGGGAGUUCCCCGAUACUAACAAAGCUGCCUAUUUUUUGUUUUGUGUUGCUAAUUCUCUGGCUCUGCAAACUGUAAGCACUUAUGUGUGGUGCAACACACUUUUACCAUAGCUGCCUUGAGCUUUUCUGGGGGGAGAAAUUGUUUAAAAUGACAGCUGAGUCCUUCCUUCUCCCCUAGGGGCAAUGCCACCCAGCCUUCCAGACCAGAACGGCCAGAAGACUGACCACUACCUGACAUCCUUCCCCUGGUUCCAUGGCCCCAUUUCUCGAGUCAAAGCCGCACAGCUGGUUCAGCACCAGGGCCUUGACGGACAUGGGGUUUUCCUCAUCCGACAGAGUGAAACCCGCAGGGGAGACUACGUCCUCACGUUCAACUUCCAAGGAAGAGCAAAGGUACAGCGUCUCUUGCUGAGGGGACUCCCUCUGCCACCAGUCAGUACGUUAGCAGGCAGGCUUUCAUGGCCCAAAACUGGAGCACUGUUGAAAUCCCGCUUGGACUUCAUAUCUAAAUAGCUUUUUUUUUAAUGUCCAGGAGACUUGCGAUAAGGCAGCCACAUUCAGGGGGGAUGUAUUCAAAGGAAUUAGAUAACUGGACCAAAAAUAUUCAAAGGCGCAGCGUUGAUUUUACUUAAUCUUUACCCAGGGGACAAUAUAAAUCUGAAUUUUAAGCCUCUUAUUGGCCAGCUUCUUGGAGGAUGGGGCAUUGACCACAUGGUUGAGAUGUCUGGCAUUUAGUGUUGAUGGAAAAAUUAAUCGCUAAACAAAAAAUAGCAAGAGGAAUGGAAUGAAAAGAUAAUCUUUUGGUGGAUUGGUAUACUUUUAUUAUGUUCAGUGCGAGAGAGGAAAAUGCAAUUAUAAAAGAGAGAGAAAAAUGAGUUGGACUGCAACUCUCAUGGCCAUGGCCAUGCUGAAUGGCGCUCAUGGGAUUUGUAGUCCAAGACACCAGGUUGGGGAAGGUUAGGCAGUGGGGUUUCUCCCUGGCUCAGGUGAUGGGAUUUGCACACGCCCUUCUGAUCCUUGCUGAAACUUUUACAUGACCUGUAUGAAUUGGCUGCUGUUGCUGACAUGUGUCUUCCUGCUUCCUUUACCUUGGCAGCACCUACGGCUCUCCCUAACCGAGAGGGGCCAGUGUCGUGUCCAGCACCUGCACUUUGCCUCCAUUUUGGACAUGUUGCACCACUUCCAGCGCUUCCCCAUCCCCCUGGAGUGCGGAACGGCCUGCAACGUGCAGCUGUCCAGCUAUGUAGUGGUUCUUCCACAUGCACAAGGUAGGAGGCAGCUAUGGCUGCCAUUUAGUCUCUUCCGUGCGUUGGGCCUUUUCCAACCACACUCUGCUUUAAGCAGGAAAUAAGGAGCGGAGGCAGACAGACGGCUGGGAACAGAACUGGGGAACUUUCCUCUCUUCAUCAUGCUAAGGCUGCGAUCACUGAACACUUAGUUGGUUAAGAUUUUUACACCAUGCUCUGUUUCCUGCCAACAUCUAUCAAGGUGAAAGGGCUGUUUUCUAGAAUUCCUGCUGGAACAGCUUCAGCAGGCCUUGGAGAAUUCUAAGGCUCUGUCCUUCUAGAAUGAGGAAGGCAGCUGGCUUUGGACACUAGCGCUUGUGGUUUCCUUCCACUGUAAUUUGGUGGGGGAAAUCCCUUGCCAUAUCCUCCGCUCUCUUCCGCUUUCAAUCACUCAGCUGGAAGGUGGAAGCCUCUGCCUGCUGAACUGAGCUGGAGAAGUGUGUGUUGUAUAAAAAAACCCAACCCAAAUCACAUCACCAACGUAUGAUGCUUCUGCUUAGGUGCAAAGCAGGAAUGUGUGUUGCUUAGGGGUGACAUAGCCUAUUCCUGCUUUGCUGAUACAGGAAUUGGAAACAGAAAAGAAGAAGGAAGCUCUUAAGCUCUUAGCACCACCAAGGAACACCUAGCUAGUUGCAGACAUGGAUGAUCUCAAAGCAAUCAGGUGCAGUAGUGUAAAAGUUAGCUAGUUCUGGGUUUCCUUUCUAGUCAUGCCAGCAAUGACUACUGUAUGUCCAUUCAGAGCUAGUAACUUUCAGAGUCUUGUCGAGAAGGGAGCAGAGUGCCUCACCUGCUAUUUGGCUGCUUUCUGUGCUGCCCUUGCAGCUGUGGCGACAUUGCAGCUUAUCAUGGUUCCUGGAAACAUGGAACCAGGCCAUUGUGCCUAUCACCACUGUGGAGUUGUAUGGAAUGUCAUAUUUGGUGUUCUGUAAAGUAAACACCAAAGGGAUGCGGGUGGCGCUGUGGUCUAAACCACAGAGCCUAGGGCUUGCCGAUCGGAAGGUUGGCGAUUCGAAUCCCCGCGAUGGGGUGAGCUCCCGUUGCUCGGUCCCUGCUCCUGCCAACCUAGCAGUCUGAAAGCACAUCAAGUGCAAGUAGAUAAAUAGGUACCGCUCCGGCGGGAAGGUAAACGGCAUUUCCAUUCGCUGCUCUGGUUCGCCACAAGCGGCUUAUUCAUGCUGGCCACAUGACCUGGAAGCUGUACGGCGGCUCCCUCAGCCAGUAAAGCGAGAUGAGCACGCAACUCCAGAGUCGUCCACAACUGGACCUAACGGUCAGGGAUACCUUUACCUUUAAAGUAAACACAAGAUUCUAGUCCUUACAACUAACGGUACUUUUUUAAGAGUCGGUGGGUCGUGCCUCCUCAAAUAUCAGAAAUGAAUUGACACUGCCUUACAUUUUCAAUGGCUGAGGAUGUGGUCAGGUGCCCCAUAUUAGAAACUUGCCCUAGCGAGACUGUAAAAAAAAAAGUGCUUAUAGUUCUAUAAACAUCUGCCAAGUUGCAUCUUACUCGCCUUUUUAAUUUAGAGAAAAGGCAUAAGAGGCGACACGAUAGAAGUGAUAAAAUUAAUAGUUUUAGCACUAGAACUUACGGACAUCCAGUGAAGCUGUAUGUUGGAAGAUUCAUGACAAGGAAAAGGAAGGAUGGGAGGCAGUGAUAGCCACGAUCUUGGAUGCCUUUAAAAUAGGACUGGACCAUUUCAUGGAGGGCUAUCAAUGGCUCCUUGCCAUGAUGGCUAUGCUCUGCCUCCACAGUUUGCGACAGUAAAGCCACAGGAAGGGAAAGGGCUCGGGUGCUCGGGUCCUGGCAUCUGGUUAGCCACUAUAAAACCAAAAUGCUGGACUAGAUGGGCCAUUGGCCAGAUCAGCCUCUUGUGAUGCUCUUAUUUGUUUGCGUAAUCUCUACAGAGUGCAGAAUUUGGCUUGCCUGUUUUAGCAUGCGGUUCAUGCCGCCCCGUCUGUGGAAGGUCAUAUUCCCUUAUGUCAGCAUAUUUUUAGGAUAUUCAGUAUAACUUCCCCUCAUUUCUCUUCCUCCCAAUGCAGGCUCCAGCAGCACAGUCCCACUCUCCCCGUCCGUCCACCGCUGCCACCCGGAAUUCAGCCUUGUCCAGCUGUCCCCUUCCAGCUGCCCGCGGAUCCACCUGGCCGACAACCUCCGACAGAGCUCCUCAGUGGAGCAGAUAUUCCACCUGGUGCCCCCUCCAGAAGAGCUGGCCAGCGGCCUGUGGCCCAGCAGCCACCUGACCAGCCCACCCACCACCCCUGCAACGCGCCAGUGGGACAAUGAUUACGAGAUGGACUCACAAGGCAGGUCCCACCUGCGGGCGGUUAACAACCAGUAUACAUCCCUCUGACACAGCAGGAUGGGGCAACAGCCUGCUUUUGCACAAGACUCUGGAUAAAUGUUUCAGAAAGCCACGGAAAAGACUUAUUCCUCUUGGCUGCAGGCUCGUGCUGGGGCGAGGCAGCUGGGUACACUUCCCCCAAGCCUUGGAGGGCUAAGAUGGCAGUGGGGGGGCGGUGUACCAGGGACCGGCUGCUUUUUUGUUUGAGUUUAUAACUUUAUUCUAACACGACUCUGCCCCAGGCCUCAGGAAACCUCUGCACAUGCCUGCUUGGCUGUGUUGGUUUGUAAGAUAGAUUGAUAACUCACUCCACUAUGGAUGUGACCCUUCGAUUCGGCUUAUUAAAUGGCCUCUCUGUUAAGUUUUUUCACUCAAUCCUCUCAUCGGUUUUGCACAUGGCUCUUCCUUUGCUUUAGGCUCCUAGCUUAUUUUUGUUGCUACCGGUACAUACAAUAUUUUUUGGUCUCUGUAACGAUGUUCCUCCACUUGAGGAAAAGGGGAAAUGUGUGGGCAGUAGAAGAAAAACCCCAGAUCCAACUAGACUCAAGUAAUUGAUCUGAUUUCCUCUUUCCAUCACCUGCCUCUCAUUUUGUUGCUGAAUGAAGGCAAUUGAGCUCUCUUUAGCUGAGCUAAUUUCUUGGCUCCCUUGGCAACUAAGGAAAUCUGUGUUUUGUUUUUUAAAACUUAAGCUCCUUCCAAGUAGGGUAAUACAAACAGAACUAGGUGGUUGUUGGAAGUGCAGGCAAGAGGGACAACCAUGGCAGAAGGCCAUCACCACUACCCCUGUGCACAAUUUUUGGCCUUAAAUAUCUAAACACUCAGAUCCCUCAACCUCCAUGCAGUGAUGCAAAUGCACCACAAGUAAGACAGAGUCAACUCUUGUGGCUUCCCAGCAAGGAGCAGAAGGUGUUCCUGUCUUGAGUAGGCAGAGGAAGAUCACACUUGUGGAGUGGAUGAAAGUUCCUUUUAACAAUCCCAUCACUGUCCCUCAUCUAGCCUAACAUUGUGUACUCCAGAUUGGCAUAGCCUCUUGAGAGCCUCACCCAUACCUGUGGUCCUUUAACUGGCUAAUGGCAGAGAUUGAGCCUUAGGACUCCCGCAUGCAUGCUACAACUGGGCUAUGCCUCCUCCUUAAACGAGAAGCGCCAUCAUUCCUGGCAACACAGAUCUCCUUUCAACAUCAGCUAGAGACAGAGCAAGGGAAGGGUCAGGGAAUAGCCUACAAUUAAUGGAUUGGAUGCUCAUGAGCAAGUCAAAAGGAACUGAACCUACUAGGAAGCAGCUGGUCAGCUCGACUGGUCUGCUUGGUUAGGUAUUAUCUCAUUGGACCAGCUCUUCCAAAGACUCACACAGAGAGGUUUUCCCUGUUACGACAUGGGACAUUCCAUCACUGAGCUAUGAAAUUAUACGUUUUGAGGUUAAGAUGACCUAGCCUCAAAUAGCUGCUUCCUUCCAACCAACCAUUCCAGUGGGAAAAGGGGUCAUUUUGCAUCUCUGACUUGCCCCAUAGGGCUACUCUGGCCUUAAAACUACCGGUAGUUGCUUAGCAUCCCUAGUUCAAGCCCAACCGUGCAGCACAGAAUUACUCAAAGCAACCAAUAGCUUCUGAUCCAUUUCCAAAUCUGACUUCUUUGCGAACGCCACACCAACCUUGCGAGGGUUACAGGGAUUUUUCUUUUCCUCUAAAAAAAAAUCCACAGCAGCUGCCUUUAAGCAGUUUCAAAAAUGCUUAAAAUGCUUUUGAGAGUAAUUUUAACAGCAUAAUUCUUAGAGGAAGUCUAAGAACCUCAGUGAGGUUAAGACACACAUUUAUCAUGCAUUAACUUUAGGAGCACAAUGAAAACGACACAGCGCUGAAUUUGCUCUUUUCCAGCAUCCUCAAAGCCACAAACGCCAGAGUUGGGGGGAACCUCUCCAAAAAGCAGAAAGCCUGGUCUAACAGCAUAUUAGCACCAAGGGUAUCUGCUCUUGAUAUAGAAUGGAAAUAGCUUUAAAAAUGUAUCCCAAACCAGCAGAGAGAAGGAAAUUUUUUACAAAAUAUAUAUGGGAGAGGCCGUUACCAUCUUUCCCCUGCUGUGUGUGCAAAAUCUAACAAUUAUUCUCUUUGGCCGAGGUGGUGUUCUGAUUUUGGGGGGCAUAGGGAUGGCAGCAUGUAUCAGAAAACAAACAUGGGUAAUGGCAAAGCAAAUACAGUAUAGUCAAGUUAACAUCAUUGUCCACAGUCUAGCAAAUUGUUAUUCAAAAUGAUGGCUGUGUAUCCAAAGAUACUAGAGGUUUGUUGUUGGUUUUUAAAAAUGCUUUUCCCUCUUUGAGCUGUUGCCCACACAAGCUAACCUCAUACAGAUUUAAGCAUGGGACCCAUGUGCCCGCUGGACGGUAAAAGGGCCUAUGAUUAGCUAGCAUUUCAUCACACUAAUGCCUUGUGCUGGAAUGACCUUUGCUGAAAGUUUGUUCAAAGCAGGAGUCCAAAAACAUCUGAAGGACCACAGGUUGCUCCCCCCUCGCCCCGGUUUCAGCCCGUUUUUGAGUUCUCCUAAGGAACUUGCUCUGAUCUUUCUUACCUAGUAAACCUAAAUGCUCCAAACCACAUAACCGGUAGUAGAGCAGUAGCGAGGUCCCUGCCUAGAUAUUAAGUGCCUUUUUCCUAUCACCAGCAGUGCUUGGCGGCUCAUGCAAAUAAAUUUCUUUCUCCAUCCCCUGACCAUCACCAUCAGAGAUCCUGCUUGUUUGCUCAGAACAUCAAUCAGGGCUCAAAGCCUUCUGGGACGUUACAAUUUCUGAUACAAGUGCAGGUGUUCAUUGAGGGCAGGGUUUUCAGAGGCUGGGGGCAAACCUGCAUUCAGGCUCAGAAUUGCCCUGCAGGUGGCAUCCUCCAAAGGGGCUCAACAUGCAGUGUAAAAUUAGUUUACCUGGGUCCAGUUGCAUCCUCACAUUUGUGCCAGUCGUCCUUCAAGAUGGAGGUGGACAGCAGGAUGGCAAAGCCCCAAUGCUGAAUACCACCCGGCCAUGAACAGUUUACUUGACGUCAUCUCUGUGAGCUGUAGGUAUAAGCUUCCCGCACUGUGGUUUCCAAAUUUUAAAAUCUUAACAGAUUAGUCUCUAUCAACAGCAGCAAAUGAAUGAGCUCCACAGCUUGCUAUUUAUUUUUUUUAAAAAAAACCAAAUAGGCAUUUAAAGAAAAAAACUGAGUGUUCUUGUUCUCCACCUUUCUACUCUUGUAUAGUAUAAUUUUUCUAUAUAUUGUUUCUGUAUGUACUGUACAUGUAACUUAUUCUUUAAUACAGCUAAAAAAUACAUACAGAUCUGCCCCUGCAGUAAAAUAAAACUGUUUUUAGAAAUUUUCAGUGGUUGGUUCCGUGGUCAUUUCUUUUUCCUUCCACCCCCCUCUCUCUAUGCAGCCAUCCUUACAGAAUCUUCUUUUUAAAUCACCUGAUAAGAGACUUGAAAAUGGGAAUAACCAGUGUGGUGCCCUCCAGAUAACAGGAUCAACCGUGUGGGUUGCUGUGAAUUGGGAGCCCAUCAACUUUUGAAGGGUACCACCUUGGUUUCUCUGGCUUUCAAGCUGAAAUCAGUCACACUUCUUGGAACGGGGAAGAACUGCCUGGAGGACGCAAGUCUUAGAUCCUGUGAGCACAGAACAUAAGGAAGAGUUUCCAUUAAUCACACACACCUCCCACUUCAGGCAUUCCUGAGCCCAAAUUACGUUGUGAUGAUGAGUCACUAGCUCAGGAAGCCGUUGGUAGAAGAGUGCAGCGUGAGCUUUUCUUAAGCUAUGAGCCCAAGCAGCCGUGAAGCUUCCAUGCCAGAGGCAUCUCCCUCUGAUACAUAGAG